UUUUCCAAAAAAGCAACCAGGUCAGAGUUUUUUCCUUGCUUCGUAAAUCUUUGUCCACAUUGUCAAUCACAAAGGACUACAAUCAUGACAUCCAGACGAACAUCACCAUAUAACUAGAAUUUCUUACCACUAAAUAGAGUUGGGACACCUGGUAUGCAUCCGAAAUGGAACCCUAUUCCCUAUGUAGUGUACUAUUUUUGACCUGGCCCUGGUUAAAAGUAGUGUAUUACAUAAGGAAUACGGUUUCAUUUCAGACGCAGCCCUGUAUUUGAGUGGAUUUAGCCCGAUUUUAUUAGGCUUUUGGACCACAUACCGUGCCUGACACUCUGUUAAGCAUGUUAAGAUGACACCUCAUGUAUCUAGAAUCUGACAGUGCAGACUUUUUCCUAAACCAUAGGGAUUUGGCUCUCUAGUUCAUCUGAUAAAAUAGAUAAAGUGUCUGUAAGUCCCAGGUGUCUAACAUACAGUAUGUCUGAGAGAGUAUUGUAGCAGAUAAUAUUACGUGAAAGUGUAAUAUAAAGGGGUCGUUCCACGAAUAGAGUGACAUUUUAAGUAUACAUUUUGCACCAAUAUUGAAAUGUAAAAGCCUGGUUAAAAGCCUGCACAGACAUGUGACAUCUGGUGUCCUGUGUGUGUGUGUUUCUCACCAUACAAUCUGUGUUUGUGUGUUCCCAGGACCCCUAGCAUUCUCAGCAAGGACCACCCCCCAGACAAGAAACCCAAGAGUGACAAAAACACAGUCCCACCUGCGCAUGAGUUUGACCCUACAGGUAAGUGUGCCUGCACGCGCACACACACACACACACACACACACACACACACACACACACACACACACACACACACACACACAAACAGAACACAGGACUUGCACACACAAACAAACAGAACACAGGACUUGCGCACACUUGCAACAUACACUCAUAGAACAAACACAUAAAACUGCGCAAGCACAAAAUAUAAUACACACCUCACUCCAUUUCAAUGUCUAAUCUAAUCUAAUUUUCCACUUGGUUGGUGCAGUGUAUUACUGCCAGUCAGUUACUGGUGAUAACUGUAAUAAUCAUUUGACACAAUAUUAGCUGCUGACCAAAUAAACUAAAUUAUAUGGAAAUUGUAAUUGAACAGCUCCUUAUGCAGUGGAAAUAGUUAUCUUAGUGGUGAAUCCAACUUCAUAGCAACCCUUAAUGCAUAUUGGGGUUGUUUCAAAAUUAAAAGAAACUAUUUCACUGUAUACUGUCUGUCUGAUAUAAGCUCAAGCCAAUCACUGUUAUUAGACCCUUUCAGACUGUAAACUUGUCAUUGAUCCUGUGGUAGAUAGCACUUCACUCACUCACUCACAUUAGAUAAUUGAACGUAAAUUAUGCAGUGUGUCGAUGUGAUAAGUGCUGCGGUGACAUGCUAUAGCCAAGGUGGGAGCUGUAGAGCUUUAAUACCAGGGUCGUAUUCACUACUAGACACCAAACGGAAGAAAACAAACUGAAGCAGGGUGGGACUACCUGGAUGUGUCCAAUAAGAAACGUUAGUUUUUGUUUUCCGUUGCAAAACGUUUUGAUACGGUGUGCACUAAUGUAUAUGACCCUGAGAACGGAAAAUGUUUUGCAAUGAAAACAAUAGUUUCUUAUUGCCCAAGUUCAGGUAGUCCCUCCCUCUUUUUUUUCAGUUGGUGCCUAAUGAAUAGUACCCUGUUAUUAAAGCUCCACUCUGGAGACUAGGGGCUAAUAUUUGGUCUGGGGUGGGGGGUCAAAUGGGAGCACCGUGGCUCCCAAGCUGACAGCCAGAGAAACAUCCAGCACCAGACUGGUUAUCUUCUGUUAGGCUGGGGAAACAGGAGCGGCAGCAGAAUUAAACACACACACACACACACUCAGAUGCACACACACACAUACAUACACACAUUCAGACAAACACACACAGUCACUAUAAUAUUUGCACACACGUCAUGGCUGCUGGAGUCUGAGGAUGAAACACACACACACACAAGUUGAUAGUGCGCUUUGAGCCCUAGUCAUGUGAUGAGGUAGUCUGCUCUACAGACAGGCACAGCACCAAAAUCCCUCCCAUUUUAGCCACAUACUGUUGGGUGCUUGCGGUCUAGUCUGUGUUUUAUAAAUGUGCAAUGAGCAUACACAGAUACAGGCGUCCUUCCUGAUUCAGUUGCCGGAGAGGAAGGAAACCGCUCAGGGAUUUCACCAUGAGGCCAAUGGUGACUUUAAAACAGUUACAGAGUUUAAUGGCUGUGAUAGGCGAUAACUGAGGAUGGAUCAACAACAUUGUAGUUACUCCACAAUACUAAUUUAAUUGACAGAGUGAAAAGAAGGAAGCCUUUACAGAAUACAAAUAUUUCAAAACCUGUGUUAAUAUUCUGUAAUGCCUGCUACCAGACGUUGGUCAUUAUUAGUGGAUGUGCACUGCAUUGUGCAUGGUUCUAGUUACAUUUUUAACAAAAAGGGCAUUUUCAUAGACCGACUUGAAAGACCCACAUCAGUAACUAUUGCAAAAUAGCAGGUUAAACUAUUUAGAUAAAAUAAUGAAAUUAUUAGUGGGUCUUAUGAUUGUGGAAGGCUUAUAUUUAGCCUAGGUAUAAUUUUUUAAGUUUUGAAUUCAAUAUAUUAUUCCUGACUGUUUGAAAUGCAGUGUAUUGACCUUUAAUUGCACAACAAAGGUUAUUUAACUUUUUUUGUUUUUUAUCAAUAUAUUUAUUGUGAAUUGGCCAUAAGUUUGAAAAGUCGCGAUAUGAUUUUUAGGCCCUAGUUGUAGGCCUGAUAACCAACAAUGACGAGUCAGCCUAUAGAGAGGAGGUACAGUGCAUUCGGAAAGUAUUCAGACCUAUUGACUUUUUCUACAUUUUGUUACGUUACAGCCUUAUUCUAAAAUGGAUUUUCCUCAUCAAACCACACAAAAUACCUCAUAAUGACUAAGUGAAAACAGGUUUUUAGAAAUGUUAGCAAAUGUAUACAAAAAAUAAAAAACAAAUACCUUCUUUACAUAAGUAUUCAGACCCUUUGCUAUGAGACUCGAAAUUGAGCUCAGGUGCAUCCUGUUUCCAUUGAUCAUCCUUGAGAUGUUUCUACAACUUGAUUGCAGUCCACCUGUGGUAAAUUAAAUUGAUUGGACAUGAUUUGGAAAGGCACACACCUGUCUAUAUAAGGUCCCACAGUUGACAGUGCAUGUCAGAGCAAAAACCAAGCCAUGAGGUCGAAGGUAUUGUCUGUAGAGAUCCGAGACAGGAUUGUGUCGAGGCACAGUUCUGGGGAAGGGUACCAAAACAUUUCUGCAGUGUUGAAGGUUCCCAAGAACACAGUGGCCUCGAUCAUUCUUAAAUGGAAGAAGGUUGGAACCACCAAGACUCUUCCUAGAGUUGGCCGCCCGGCCAAACUGAGCAAUUGGGGGAGAAGGGCCUUGAAGAACCUGAUGGUCACACUGACAGAGCUCCAGCGUUCCUCUGUGGAGAUGGGAGAACCUUCCAGAAGGACAUCCAUCUCUGCAGCACUCCACCAAUCAGGCCUUUAUGGUAGGGUGGCCAGACGGAAGCCACUCCUCAGUAAAAGGCACAUGACAGCCCGCUUGCCAAAAGGCACCUAAAGGACUCUCAGACCAUGAGAAACAAGAUCCUCUGGUCUGAUGAAACCAAGAUUAAACUCUUUGGCCUGAAUGCCAAGCAUCACGUCUGGAGGAAACCUGACACCAUCCCUACGGUGAAGCAUGGUGAUUGCAGCAUCAUGCUGUGGGGAUGUUUUUCAGCAGCAGGGACUGGGAGACUAGUCAGGAUCGAGGGAAGAUGAAUGGAGCAAAGUACAGAGAGAUCCUUGAUGAAAACCUGCUCCAGAGCACUCAGGACCUCAGACUGGGGUGACAGUUCACCUUCCUACAGGACAACGACCCCAAGCACACAGCCAAGACAACGCAGGAGUGGCUUCGAGAGAAGUCUCUGAAUGUCCUUGAGUGGCCCAGCCAGAGCCCGGACUUGAACCCCAUCGAACAUCUCUGGAGAGACCUGAAAAUAGCUGUGCAGCGACGCUCCCUAUCCAACCUGACAGAGCUUGAGAGGAUCUGCAGAGAAGAAUGGGAGAAACUCCCCAAAUACAGGUGUGCCAAGCUUGUAGCGUCAUACCCAAGAAGACUCAAGGCUGUAAUCGCUGCCAAAGGUGCUUCAACAAAGUAUUGAGGAAAGUGUCUGAAUACUUAUGUAAAUGUAUUAUUUCAUUUCUUUUUAUUUUAUACAUUUGCAAACAUUUCUACGAAGCUAUUUUUGCUUUGUCAUUAUGAGGUAUUGUGUGUAAAUUGAUGAGGGGAAAAAACAAUUUUAUCCAUUUUUUGAAUAAGGCUGUAACGUAACAAAAUGUGGAAAAAGUGAAGGGGUCUGAAUACUAUCCGAAUGCACUGUUCCAACAUCUAGUGGAAAGCCUUCCCAGAAGAGUGGAGGCUGUUAUUGCAGCAAAGAGGGGACCAACUCCAUAUUAAUGUCCAUGAUUUUGGAAUGAGAUGUUCGACGAACAGGUGUCCACAUACUUCUGGUCAUAUAGUGUAUAUCUCAGGGUUUCUUAACCUAUCAUUCAAUAGCUCAACCUGUGCUGGUCCAUGAUAUGUUGUUAAUGUUUUGUUCCCUCGAGCCACUUAGUUAUCACUUUUGCCUUAUGGCAAGGUGCUCCAUCAUGCUGGAAAAGGCAUUGGUCGUCACCAAACUGUUCUUGGAUGGUUAGGAGAAGUUGCUCUCAGAGGAUGCGUUGGUACCAUUCUUUAUUCAUGGCUGUGUUCUUAGGCAAAAUUGUGAGUGAGCCCACUCCCUUGGCUGAGAAGCAACCCCACACAUGAAUGGUCUCAGGAUGCUUUACUGUUGGCAUGACACAGGACUGAUGGUAGCGCUCACCUUGUCUUCUCCGGACAAGGUGUUUUCCGGAUGCCCCAAACAAUUGGAAAGGGGAUUCAUCAGAGAAAAUGACUUUACCCCAGUCCUCAGCAGUCCAAUCCCUGUACCUUUUGCAGAAUAUCAGUCUGUCCCUGAUGUUUUUACUGGAGAGAAGUCGCUUCUUUGCUGCCAUUCUUGACACCAGGCCAUCCUCCAAAGGUUUUCGCCUCACUGUGCGUGCAGAUGCACUCACACCUGCCUGCUGCCAUUCCUGAGCAAGCUCUGCACUGGUGGUGCCCCGAUCCCGCAGCUGAAUCAACUUUAGGAGACGGCCCUGACACUUGCUGGACUUUCUUGGGCGCCCUGACGCCUUCUUCACAACAAUUGAACCUCUCUCCUUGAAGUUAUUGAUGAUCCGAUAAAUGGUUGAUUUAGGUGCAAUCUUACUAGCAGCAAUAUCCUUGCCUGUGAAGCCCUUUUUGUGCAAAGCAAUGAUGACGGCACGUGUUUCCUUGCAGAUAACCAUGGUUAACAGAGGAAGAACAAUGAUUUCAAGCACCACCCUCCUUUUAAAGCUUCCAGUCUGUUAUUCUAACUCAAUCAGCAUGACAGAGUGAUCUCCAGCCUUGUCCUCGUCAACAGAAUCGCUGACGUGAUGGCAGCUGUUCUUUUUGUGGUAGGGCUGAAAUGCAGUGGAAAUACUUUUUUGGGAUUAAGUUCAUUUUCAUGGCAAAGAGGGACUUUGCAAUUAAUUGCAAUUCAUCUGAUCACUCUUCAUGACAUUCUGGAGUAUAUGCAAAUUGCCAUAAUCAAAACUGAGACAGCAGACUUUGUGAAAAUUAGUAUUUGUGUCAUUCUCAAAACACAUACAUACAUACAUUAAAUAAAACAAUUACUAAUUGCAACACAAUUCAGACUGACUGCUCACUGUAAGGUAAGGUGCAUAGUCACACUGGUAUAGAAUACUUUCACUCUUUCUUUCUGCCGUGUUUAUUUUCUCCUCCUCCCAAUGUUUUAGAUUUUUGCUCUGUUUUCUCCUCUGUGUGUCCUGGUUGUGUUGUUACGUUGCCAUGUGUACUGUCUGUCGUGCUGUACUAGACGUGCCUGUGCAGCGAUCUGGCUGUGUAGUAGCCGAGGGAAUCCCCCCCGAACCCUGUGGUAAGAUGGUCUAAACGGCUGUGUCUCAAUAGUCUGUAAGUGUAAUCUUUUUCUUGUCUCCUUUCCUUCAUCUGAUCUGAUGGAACUGGACAUAAUAUCACCUAUCCCGUCUGUUAAGUUCAGUGCAAACAAAGGGAGGCAAGUGGAAGUGGCCAUUUUAGACUAUUGAGAUGCACCCAGUUAGUGUGUGGUGGCUGUUUUGUGUUGCGACGUCCCCAGUUCUUCUGCCAUGUGUCCCCCUGUUGUUCACUCACGUCCUAACACGAGUCCUACACCCCUCCGUUCUCCUUUUAUUUUAUUUUUAUUGAACUCACCAUUGCCUUUCAUUGCCCUGGGAGUGAACUUUCCCGCAGUGUUGAGAAACAUUGUCUGGAUGUUUUAGUGUUACCUGGCCAGAGCAGCGAGAAGGGAGAUGUUUGGGUUGAUGAGGGAACGCUACCAGGAGGGUUUGAGGGGAGAAAGAUGCACCUGUUUAACUCAAUGAAUGAAGACUCAGAUUUAGGCCUGAAAAACCUUCAGUCUGAAAUUGUAAAGGGGCAGUUCAGCCGAAUUGCCUAUUUAUUUACAUUUUCAACGUUGGACAGACUGAAAUCCAUGCUUUGGUGUUGUUAAGCUAGCUACUGCCACCAACCUUUAAUGUUAUAAUUUUCUAACCAAAAAACAAUGUAAGUCAAUGUCCUCCAGUUAGCAUGCUUUCAAUUCCAUGCCCAGAUCAUCUCUUAAAGGGAUUGUGUAGCCCAAUAACUUUGAAGUGACUUUGGGGACGUUGAACUUACUUUGGUUCUUGGCUAUAAAAUUGCUAGAACAGCAGGAUUUGUUCUGGAUCAAAAUGGGGCUUAGGUGGUGGGCGUGGCUGGGGUGUGGCAGUGGGCCUGGCCAAUGGCGAUGUCAUCGACAACAUUAUUUUUUUAGGCCCUCCUCUUGGUCGCAGAGACAAAAUGUUGCUGUUUUAAAGCUAAUUUCCUACAAUUCUACACAUUUUGCUAUGGCUUAUGCUGUGUUCUUAUGCUGUGUUCUUAUGCUAUCUGUGUGACUCAAACAUUAUAACAAAAUCAAUGGGGGCCCCAUGUCAUGACAUGUUUUUUUAUUCUCCCUGACUGUUUUGCUUUUAAUUUGGUGAUUGUUAGUUCUCAAAGAUGAUCUUAUUUAAGUUUACACUAAAAACGUUUUUCCAUCCUGAAAAUUAUUUCCCCCAAAAAGGCGUCCCAAAAAAACACUUACGCAUCCUGCCCAUUACUUUUCUAUGUAGAGAAAAACACUGUACAAUAUCCGUUAGUGUCAGUGGCUAGUUUAACAAAACCAAAGCAAUGAUUGCAGUCUCCUAGUCCAAUUUCGUACUGUACCUCCUGCAACCUAGCCUCGUACGAACCAUCCUGAUCUCAAGAGCUUACAUUCUGUCUCGCUUCACAGAUAGCGAUAGAAUGUAAGCUCGCGAGAUCAGGAUGAUUCCUAUGAGAGGCUACCUGCAACCUGGACUACUGGUUUAAUCUGCUUUUUCGUUUGGCUUUGUUUGCACUCACUGUUUAUAAUGAUGAUAUGGGUUUGGAUGAACUAUUGUGAAACUCACCUGCAAGUGAACUGGUGUGAUGAGUCAAUGUCAAUCCACGAGUGUGAUGCCGUGUGUCUCUCUAUUUGCAAGUCAAACGACUCACAAUCUGUGUUCAAACAAAAAUGACAGAGGGUGCUGUUACCACUUGUGUCCUGAUAUCAAUGUUCCACAAACAACAUGUUUUUAUGUGAGCAUCAAACUGGGUUCCUAGAGGUCAUGUGUUAUGCCAUUAUUUAUAACAGCCUAUCUAGGCAUUGUACUGAUAUUAAAGGGAUAGUUGAGGAAAAUUAUUUUGAUAUUUGUUUCCUUAUCUUGAAAGCAGUCUAUGGACGAGGAGUGACUGCAAUCCACACUAUAGUUUUGUUAGUCUCUCAUUGUGCAUAGACUGCUUUCAAGUUCAGGGAACAAAUAUCUGAAUGCAAUUUAACAACAAUAAGCACUUUUCUAAAUGCGUCCGUGUAUUAAAGGCUUUUGAAGAAGAGAGUGAAGUACUUUCACAAAUGGGGCGUAUUAUUAAGUAUUUGAAACCAGGUAAUACCCUGAGGUAUCAAUCAUUCAUUGCUGCCACUCAAUAGAAGCUUCAAAAGCCAUUUUCCUCAGGCCUCAUCAUCAUCAUGUUAUAACAAUGACUAGCCACAAAUACAGACCUGAGCUAUUGAGUGAGUGCCUCCGUCACCAAGCAGACACAUUGCCUUAUACCUGUACAGUGAGGGGGAAAAGUAUUUGAUCCCCUGCUGAUUUUGUACGUUUGCCCGCUGACAAAGACAUGAUCAGUCUAUAAUUUUAAUGGUAGGUUUAUUUCAACAGUGAGAGACAGAAUAACAACAAAAAAAUCCAGAAAAACGCAUGUCAAAAAUGUUAUAAAUUGAUUUGCAUUUUAAUGAGGUAAAUAAGUAUUUGACCCCUCUGCAAAACAUGACUUAGUACUUGGUGGCAAAACCCUUGUUGGCAAUCACAGAGGUCAGACAUUUCUUGUAGUUGGCCACCAGGUUUGCACACAUCUCAGGAGGGAUUUUGUCCCACUCCUCUUCGCAGAUCUUCUCCAAGUCAUUAAGGUUUCGAGGCUGACGUUUGGCAACUCGAACCUUCAGCUCCCUCCACAGAUUUUCUAUGGGAUUAUGGUCUGGAGACUGGCUAGGCCACUCCAGGACCUUAAUGUGCUUCUUCUUGAGCCACUCCUUUGUUGCCUUGGCCUUUGUUUUUGGUCAUUGUCAUGCUGGAAUACCCACCCACGAUCCAUUUUCAAUGCCCUGGCUGAGGGAAGGAGGUUCUCAACCAAGAUUUGACGGUACAUGGCCCCGUCCAUCGUCCCUUUGAUGCGGUGAAGUUGUCCUGUCCCCUUAGCAGAAAAACACCCCCAAAGCAUAAUGUUUCCACCUCCAUGUUUGACGGUGGGGAUGGUGUUCUUGGGGUCAUAGGCAGCAUUCCUCCUCCUCCAAACACGGCGAGUUGAGUUGAUGCCAAAGAGCUCGAUUUUGGUCUCAUCUGACCACAACACUUUCACCCAGUUCUCCUCUGAAUCAUUCAGGUGUUCAUUGGCAAACUUCAGACGGCCCUGUAUAUGUGCUUUGUUGAGCAGGGGGACCUUGCGGGCGCUGCAGGAUUUCAGUCCUUCACGGCGUAGUGUGUUACCAAUUGUUUUCUUGGUGACUAUGGUCCCAGCUGCCUUGAGAUCAUUGACAAGAUCCUCCCGUGUAGUUCUGGGCUGAUUCCUCACUGUUCUCAUGAUCAUUGCAACUCCACAAGGUGAGAUCUUGCAUCGAAGCCCCAGGCCGAGGGAGAUUGACAGUUUUUUUGUGUUUCUUCCAUUUGUGAAUAAUCGCACCAACUGUUGUCACCUUCUCACCAAGCUGCUUGGUGAUGGUCUUGUAGCCCAUUCCAGCCUUGUGUAGGUCUACAAUCUUGUCCCUGACAUCCUUGGAGAGCUCUUUGGUCUUGGCCAUGGUGGAGAGUUUGGAAUCUGAUUGUUUGAUUGCUUCUGUGGACAGGUGUCUUUUAUACAGGUAACAAACUGAGAUUAGGAGCACUCCCUUUAAGAGUGUGCUCCUAAUCUCAGUUUGUUACCUGUAUAAAAGACACCUGGGAGCCAGAAAUCUUUCUGAUUGAGAGGGGGUCAAAUACUUAUUUCCCUCAUUAAAAUGCAAAUCAAUUAAUAAAAUUUUUUACAUGCAUUUAUUUUUGGACUUUUUUGUUGUUAUUCUGUCUCUCACUGUUCAAAUAAACCUAUCAUUAAAAUUAUAGAAUGAUCAUUUCUUUGUCAGUGGGCAAACGUACAAAAUCAACAGGGGAUCAAAUACUUUUUUCCCUCACUGUAUAUAGGAAAACAGUUUGACACCUACAUUGUGUAUUGUGCCCCGUCACGCACACCACACACCCUGUCCCACCUCACCGUCCUUGGUUCCUCUCACUGUGCCAACCUGAGUGUGUGUGUGUGUGUUGUUUGUGUGUGUGAUGGUGUGUAACACAAUAUUUAUUCAUCUUCUGUCUGUCUGUCUGUCUGUCUGUCUGUCUGUCUGUCUGUCUGUCUGUCUGUCUGUCUGUCUGUCUGUCUGUCUGUCUGUGUGUCUGUGUGUCUGUAGGGCUUGUCCAGCGUUGUGUGAUCAUCCAGAAAGAUGAGAAUGGUUUCGGGUUGACGGUGAGCGGAGACAACCCUGUAUUUGUGCAGUUGGUCAAAGAGGGUAAGGCCUUUUCCAUCCUAUUCUAAUAUACACCUUCCUGUGCUUGAGUCAAGUCAAUUAUGAUGAGGACCGGUGUGGCUUAAUUGGUAAAGCAUGAUGCUUGCAACACCAGGGUCACUGGGUCGAUUCCCACUGGGGCCACCCAUAUGAAAAUGUAUGUAUAUUAUGGGUCAAGGAAAUUGAAUUGCAUAUCUAGGGGGUGUAAACCUCUGACAUUAGAGCAAUAUGUUCAAUUGGGAGCAUAGCACAAUGUAAAUAUCUAUUCUACAUCAUACAGUCUUGAUACCCAAGGCAAAGAUACAAUAUAUUGGAUUUAUCUCUGGUUGUGUCAUAAUACAGUCGGAUACAGUAAUAUCUCUAACCUUUUAUCAUUCUCAUGCCCUUUGCCUGUCCUGUCCUCUUCUGCAGAUGGCGCUGCCAUGCGAGCGGGCGUCCAGACAGGUGAUAGGAUCAUCAAGGUGAGGCUCAUUUCCUCUCUGGGGCCCAUUACACUCUUCCUAGAUAUUACCCAUAGCCUAAUUUCUCAUGGACAGAUGCAUGUAACAUAAAUGGUAGUAGCAUCUGUCGCAGACCUGGGUUCAAAUACUAUGUCAAAUAUCUAAAUUGCUUUCACAUACAGUACAUUCGAAGUAAGUAUUCAGAUAUAUUUUAUUUGAAAAGAUAAGUAGUUGGUAGAGCGUGGCGCUUGCAACGCCAGGGUUGUGGGUUCGUUUCCCACGGGGGGCCAGUAUAAAAAAAAAUAAUUAUGCACUCACUAACUGUAAGUCGCUCUAGAUAAGAGCGUCUGCUAAAUGACUUAAAUGUAAAUGUAGUUGAAUAUUUGUAAUGUAUUUGGAAAAACACUUGGAAAGUAUUUGAAAAUACUCAUAUACACUGACUAAAAAAUACACGCUCAUGCAUUUAACCCAGGUAUUUGAAAAUAGUAUUUGAAAUAAGUAUUUGAAAAUACUCUCAUAUACAAUUUGGUAGACUAUUUGGUUUUUACAAAUAACUUAUUGAAUGGCGCCGGAGAAGAUGGCUGCCGUUUUACAGCCCUCUAACCAAUUGUACUAUUAUGUGUGUUCUUCCGUUUUAUUUGUCAUUUAUUCUGUACAUAAUGUUUCUGCCAUCGUCUCUUAUAACCAAAAAGAGCUUCUGGAUAUCAGGACAGCGAUUACUCACCUCGUAUUGGACGAAGUUUUUUCUUCAACAAGGCGGCCGCGAAGGAUAUCCUACAGACACCCGACAAGGCCCAAAUCCCCGUCAUUCGCAUGAGAAAGAGACUGAGAUAUCGUGGACGUAGGUCGGGGUGCCUUGUAAGGAUCCGACGGCGAGCGAGUAAACUGCCUCUCCCAUCAAUCCUAUUAGCCAAUCUUCAAUCAUUUGAGAAUAAAUUGGAUGACCUAAGAUUACGGUUAUCCUACCAACGGGACAUAAAAAACUGUAAUAUCUUAUGUUUCACCGAGUCGUGGCUGAACGACGACAUGGACAACAUACAGCUAGCGGCUAUAUGCUACAUCGACAGGAUAGAACGGCUGACUCCGGUAAGACAAGGGGUGGCGGUCUGUGUAUAUUUGUAAACAACAGCUGGUGCACAAAAUCAAAUACUAAGGAAGUCUCGAGGUUUUGCUCGCCUGAGGUAGAGUAUCUUAUGAUAAGCUGUAGACCACACUAUUUACCCAGAGAGUUUUCAUCUAUAUUUUUCAUAGCUGUCUAUUUACCACCACAAACCAAUGCUGGCAUUAAGAUUGCACUGAAUGAGCUGUAUAAGGCCAUAAGUGAACAGGAAAACGCUCAUCCAGAUGCAGCGCUCCUAGUGGCCGGGGACUUUAAUGCAGGGAAACUUAAAUCCGUUCUACCUCAUUUCUACCAGCAUGUUAAAUGUGCAACCAGAGGAAAAAAAACUCUAGACCACCUUUACUCCACACACAGACACACAUACAAAGCUCUCCCUCGCCCUCCAUUUGGCAAAUCUGACCAUAACUCUAUCCUCCUGAUUCCUGCUUAUAAGCAAAAACUAAAGCACGAAGCACCAGUGACUCGGUUAAUAAAAAAGUGGUCAGAUGACGCAGAUGCUAAGCUACAGGACUGUUUUGCUAGCACAGACUGGAACAUGUUCCGGGAUUCUUCAGAUAGCAUUGAGGAGUACACCACAUCAGUCACUAGCUUCAUCAAUAAGUGCAUCGAUGAUGUCGUCCCCACAGUGACCGUACGUACAUACCCCAACCAGAAGCCAUGGAUUACAGGAAACAUCCGCACUGAGCUAAAGGGUAGAGCUGCUGCUUUCAAGGAGCGGGACUCUAACCCGGACGCUUAUAAGAAAUCCUGCUAUGCCCUCCGACGAACCAUCAAACAGGCAAAGAGUCAAUACAGGACUAAGAUUGAAUCGUACUACACCGGCUCUCACGCUCGUCGGAUGUGGCAGGGCUUGAAAACUAUUACAGACUACAAGCAUACCGCCCCAACAGAUCCACAGAUGAUGCAAUCUCUAUUGCACUCCACUCUGCCCUUUCCCACCUGGACAAGAGGAACACCUACGUGAGAAUGCUAUUCAUUGACUACAGCUCAGCAUUCAACACCAUAGUGCCCUCAAAGCUCAUCACUAAGCUAAGGAUCCUGGGACUAAACACCUCCCUCUGCAACUGGAUCCUGGACUUCCUGACAGGCCACCCCCAGGUGGUAAGGGUAGGUAACAACACAUCUGCCACACUGAUCCUCAACACGGGGGCCCCUCAGGGGUGCGUGCUCAGUCCCCUUCUGUACUCCCUGUUCACCCAUGACUGCAUGGCCAGGCACGACUCCAACACCAUCAUUAAGUUUGCUGACGACACAACAGUGUAGGCCUGAUCACCGACAAUGAUGAGACAGCCUAUAGGGAGGAGGUCAGAGACCUGGCCAUGUGGUGCCAGGAUAACAACCUCUCCCUCAACGUGACCAAGACAAAGGAGAUGAUUGUGGACUACAGGAAAAAAAAGAGGACUGAGCACUCCCCCAUUCUCAUCGACGGGGCUGUAGUGGAACAGGUUGAGAGCUUCAAGUUCCUUGGUGUCCACAUCACCAACGAACUAUCAUGGUCCAAACACACCAAGACAGUCGUGAAGAGGGCACGACAAAGCCUAUUCCCCCUCAGGAGACUGAAAAGAUUUGGCAUGGGUCCUCAGAUCCUCAAAAAAUUAUACAGCUGCACCAUCGAGAGCAUCCUGACUGGUUGCAUCACCGCCUGGUAUGGCAACUGCUUGGCCUCCGACCGCAAGGCACUACAGAGGGUAGUGCGUACGGCCCAGUACAUCACUGGGGCCAAGCUUCCUGCCAUCCAGGACCUCUAUACCAGGCGGUGUCAGAGGAAGGCCCUCAAAAUUGUCAAAGACUCCAGCCACCCUAGUCAUAGACUGUUCUCUCUGCUACCGCACGGCAAGCGGUACCGGAGUGCCAAGUCUAGGUCCAAAAUACUUCUCAACAGCUUCUACCCCCAAGCAAUAAGACUCCUGAACAGCUAAUCAUGGCUACCCGGACUUUUUGCACUGCCCCCACCCCCCACCCCAUAUUUUUACGCUGCUGCUAUUUAUGCAUAGUCACUUUAACUCUACCCACAUGUACAUAUUACUUCAACUAGCCGGUGCCCCUGCACAUUGACUCUGCACCGGUACCCCCCUGUAUAUAUAGCCUCCCUACUGUUGUUUUAUUUUACUUUUUUAUUAAAAAUAAAUGCACUGUUGGUUAAGGGCUGUAAGUAAGCAUUUCACUGUAAUGUCUGCACCUGUUGUAUUCGGCGCAUGUGGCCAAUAACAUUUUAUUUUAUUUGAUUGACUUGUUUUGGGCUGUGUAUUUGAAAAUACUCAAAUACACAGAAACAUUUAUUUUAAAUACCAGAUUCUCAAAUAUACAUGUAUUUGAACCCAGAUCUGAUCUGUCAACAGACUGUCGGAUGGGACGACUAACGAUGAACUUUGUUUCGGUACCCAGAUUUUUAAUCUCUGAUCAUUUGGACAAAUCACGAUUUUGCAGGUGCUCGCAUCUUUCGAAUUUUGGAAUGGAAGGGGACAUUUGGCCCAUAGACUUGCCCGAUACUGGCUGAGAGUUUCCGUUUGGAAGGGUGGAGACUUCGCUAGUCGUGUAUUACGUUUUCUAACACGUCUCCCCCCACAUCUCCGAGAUUACCCUUAGCCUCAGAUCUAGGAUCAGUUUAUCUUCCCAAUAUCUUAGCUCAUGCAUUUGAACCAAAAUGCAAAACUGAACCUAGAUCAGUGUGAUGGGGGCAACUUCAUCCUGUCACUGUCUCUAAGACCGAGACCAUUCCGGGUGAAGUUUUCCCUAGUUACCGUUCUAGGAUCAGUCUCCCCUCCCCCAAUCCUUACCUUAAAGGGGCAAUCAGCGGUUGAAACAAUAACAAACCUAAUCCCUGCCUCUGUUUCGGUAAAAAGCUGAGGGAUGGGGCUGGAGAAAUGUAACCACUCUCAAAUUCAUACAGAGCUAUGGAUGCAAGGACUGACCAUCCAUGAUAUCAAAAUUAUAGUUUUAACCAUGUUUUGAGGCUGUAUAGUGUUUGUUUACAUUAUUUAUUUAUAGUUUUAACCAUGUUUUAAGGCUAUAUAGUGUUUGUUUACAUUAUGUAUUUAUUUUUACAAACAUUUGAGUAAAACAAGCGUAUAUUUAGGAUUCUGAUAAGGUACGACUGUUAAACUAAUGAUGCAUUUAUAAGUUAUAUUCUUCAAGAAUCAAUGGGUACAUAUAAUUAAUUUAUAAGUCCAAAAAUGGAUGUAUUUGUAUUUUUAUGGAUCCCUAUUAGCUGAUGCCAAGGCAGCAGCUACUCUUCCUGGGGUCCAGCAAAAUUAUGGCAGUUAUAUACAAUUAAGAACAUUGCAUUACAUUUCACAACAGAUUUCACAACACAUUAAGUGUGUGCCCUCAGGCCACCACUCUACUAUCACAUAUCUACAACACAAAAUCCAUGUGUACGUGUGUGUCUUUAGCAACUGCUGCUUGCCCCUUAGUGGGGAAAAUGCUAAACUGACCCAAGAUCAGUGUUUAGGGGAAACUUCAUUCUGUCUCAGACAAGAGAACCCUGCAGGCUACAGCAGUAGGUCAUGGGUCAUGGGUUAAGGCCCCUGCAUACUUUACCACUCUGCCCCCUGCUGGGCUGCUGAGGAGCUACACCAUAACAUGGCAAUGCAUUCCAAUGGGUCAUUGUAAAGGGCAGGGUACUGUAGUGCUGUCAUAGUGUCAGUGAAGGAAAUUAAUUGUUAGUCUGUAAGGGGUGAAUCUAAACUUUCACUUCAGUAACAUUUUCACUUAGUCAUGCAUUGAUGCAGACUCCCGAGUGGCGCAGUGGUCUAAGGCUGUGCCACUAGAGAUCCUGGUUCGAAUCCAGGCUCUGUCGUAGCCGGCCGCGACUGGGAGACCCAUGGGGCGGCGCACAAUUGGCCCAGCGUCGUCCAGGGUAGGGGAGGGAAUGUCCGGCAGGGAUGUAGCUCAGUUGGUAGAGCAUGGCGUUUGCAACGGCAGGGUUGUGGGUUCGAAUAAUGUAUGCACUCACUUAACUGUAAGUCGCUCUGGAUAAGAGCGUCUGCUAAAUGACUAAAAAUGUAAAAAUGUUAGGAAGUUAGGAUUCAUAGCAGGGCCAGACAGGUUACCAGGACACGUACUUCGAGCAUGCGCUGACCAGCUGGCAAGUGUCUUCACUGACAUUUUCAACCUCUCCCUGACAAAGUCCGUAAUACCUACAUGUUUCAAGCAGACCACCAUAGUCCCUGUACCCAAGAAUGCCAAGGUAACCUGUCUAAAUGACUACUCACAUCUGUAGCCAUGAAAUGCUUUGAAAGGCUGGUCAUGGCUCACAUCAACACCAUCAUCCCAGACACCCUGGACCCACUCCAAUUUGCAUACCACCCCAACAGAUCCAGAGAUGACGCAAUCUCUAUUGCACUACACAUUGACCUUUCCCACCUGGACAAGAGGAACACCUAUGUGAGAAUGCUGUUCAGUGACUACAGCUCAGCGUUCAACACCAUAGUGCCCUCGAAGCUCACCACUAAGCUAAGGUCCCUGGGACUGAACACCUCCCUCUACAACUGGAUCCUGGACUUCCUGACGGGCCGCCCCCAGGUGGUGAGGGUAGGCAAUAACACAUCCGCAUUGCUGACCCACAACACAGGGGCCCCUCAGGGGUACGUGCUUAGUGCCCUACUGUACUCCCUGUUCACCCACGACUGCGUGGCCGCGCUUGACUCAAACACCAUCAUUAAGUUUGCCAGCAACACAACGGUGGUAGGCCUGAUCACCGACGACGAUGAGACAGCCUAUAGGGAGGAGGUCCGAGACCUUGUAGUGUGGUGCCAGGACAACAACCUCUCCCUCAACGUCAAUAAAACAAAGGAGCUGAUCGUGGACUACAGGAAACGGAGGGCCGAGUACGGCCCAUUCACAUCGACGGGUCUGUAGUGGAGCGGGUCAAGAGCUUCAAGUUCCUCGAUGUCCACAUCACUAAGGACCUAUCAUGGUCCACACACACCAACACAGUCGUGAAGAGGGCAGGACAAUGCCUCUCCCCCUCAGGAGGCUGAAACAAUUUGGUAUGGGCCCUCAGAUCCUCAAAAAGUUCUGUAGCUACACCAUCGAGAGCAUCUUGACUGGCUGCAUCACCACCUAGUAUGGCAACUGCUUGGCAUCCGACCGCAAGGCGCUACAGAGGGUAGUGCAUACGGCCCAGUACAUCACUGGGGCCGAGCUCCCUGCCAUCCAGGAUCUCUAUACCAGGCGGUGUCAGAGGAAGGCCCAAAAAAUUGUCAAAGGCUCCAGCCACCCAAGCCACAGACUAUUCUCUCUGCUACCGCACAGCAAGCGGUACCAAUGCACCAAGUCUGGAACCAACAGGACCCUGAACAGCUUCUACCCCCAAGCCAUAAGACUUCUAAACAAGACUGCUAAAUAGCUAAUCAAAUGGCUACCCAGACUACCUGCAUUGACCAUUUUUUGCACCAACUCUCUUGCACUGACCCUAUACACACAGACUGGACUCUAUAUACACACACACACACACACACACACACAUACUACAUAUGCCCAAACACACAUAACAUGCACACACAUGCAUACUGACGCCACAUACACACUCACACACACACUUUCAAACUCACCACAUACGCUGCUGCUACUGUCUAUUAUCUAUCCUGUUGCCUAGUCACUUUACCCCUACCUAUAUGUACAUAACUACCUCAUACCCCUGCACAUCAACUCGGUACUGGUACUCCCUGUAUAUAGCCAUGUUAUUUUCUACUCCCUAUAUAUAGCUAUGUUAUUUUUACUUGUUAUUUUUAUUAGUUAUUCUCUGUAUAUUUAUUCAUUGUGUCACUUUCUAUUUGUUAUUUUAUUUUUGAUAUUGUCUUUAACUCUGUAUUGUUGAAAAAGGACCUGUAAGUAAGCAUUUUACUGUUAGUCUACACCUGUUGUCUAUGAAGCAUUUGACAAAUAAAAUGUUUGAUUUGAAUUAACAUUUAGAAAUGGUUGUUUCUUGGCAUGGAAAGAGUUGUUAUGUACACAUGCUCCUGUUGAACAUUAACUGAUUUGGGGCUUCCCAUUUGCAUUGUUUUUGCCGUUUUUUACUAAGUUUUAGACAGAACGCAUAGUCCUCCUAUAGAAAGUGUUGUUUUUCAUUUGAAUGACGUUGAUGUGUCAUUUAUGUUUUUGUUGCAGGUUAACGGGACCUUAGUAACACAUUCAAACCAUGUAGAAGUCGUCAAGCUAAUAAAAUGUAAGUUCAAGUGGCAAAUUUAUAUCCAAUUAUUCGUAGAUAUGAAAAAUCACAGGCUCUUCAAGAGACUUACUUUCUUAAAGCCAACCGGUAGUAGUCUAUAUGUGCUUAUAAUGCAUUGUAAGACGUGCCAUAAGCAUGUAUAUCUUAUUAUCAUCUCAUAAUGAUACUGACCAUAUAAUAAGCUAGCCACUGUGAGUGAAAAUAUAUAAGUCAGUUUGAGUUGAAAGUUAGCUACAUAGACAGACAUAACAUGUAGAUAUAUAUUUUUUUAAUAAGACAUAAAAACUCAUUCAUGCUUAUAACAAGUAAUAAAGCUACGGUAACUGUGACCCCUCUUGUCUCUCUGUGUCAGCGGGCUCCUAUGUGGCCCUCACAGUGCUGGGGAGGCCCCCGGGACUGGCCCAGAUCUCGCUGUCGGAGGGCGAGGGGGGAGACCUGUCCUCUUUCCUCUCCUCGUCCCAGUCUCCUGGACCAACGGGGGGAACAGGGGAGCGCUGCGCCACCUCCUCCACCAGCCCCCAGGACCACAUCACCUCCCCUCUGCCCCUCUGGGUACGACAGACAGCCAAUUGGCUCUCUGUCUGCAACUGAAAUGGCAUCCUAUUUACUAUAUAGUGCACUACUCUAUAGGAGAAGUAGUGUACUCUAUAGGGAGUGGGGUGCCAUUUCAGAAACACUCUCGCUCUCUCUCUCUUUAUAUAUGUCUCUCUUUUUCUCUCGGUCCCUCUGUCUGUCUCUCUCACUUUCUAUAUCUGCCCCUCUCUGUCUGUCUCUCUCACUUUCUAUAUCUGCCCCUCUCUGUCUUCUUUUUGUUUUUCCUCUCGCCCUCGCUCUCCUCUCUCUCUCUCUCUCUCUCUCUCUCUCUCGCUCUCUUUCCACAGUUCCACUUCCGUUCUUCACUCCCCCUCCUCCGUCCCACCUCAGUAUCCACCCUCACUCACUCUGCCUCUACUCACUCUGCCUCUUUCACUUUCUCUCACUAGUUUCCUCUAUUUCCAGUUAAACCUGUGCUAAAGCUGCCGUUCUCCCUCUGCUGCACAUGUCGGUGAAGUCCUGUCCCCAAGCGAACACACUUCUUCUUCUUCUUCUUUUUAUUUUUUGGGUUGGUCCCUCAGAAGGAGAAUAACGCCCUUCACAGCCAGAAGGUGGACAUCUUACAGAAGAUGCUGACCAAGGAGCAGGAGGACUUACAGGCAAGACAAGCAAGACACACAAACGCACACACACAAACGCACACACACACACAGUGUCACCAUACUCUGAAGUUUUCUACAUGAGGAGAUGAGACAGUCAUUCAGUCAAACUUUGCUUCUUUGAUUUGAAAGAGUGAAUGCAUUUUUUUUUAUGCAGCUAUAUUCACAAAGCCUCUCAGUUCACUAGUUUACUCCACGUGGGGAAAGGGUGGCGGGGUUGGAAAGUAAUAAAGGGGAAUACAGUGGGGAGAACAAGUAUUUGAUACACUGCCGAUUUUGCAGGUUUUCCUACUUACAAAGCAUGUAAAGGUCUGUAAUGUUUAUCAUAGGUACACUUUUUAUCAUAGAAAAACACAUUGUAUGAUUUUUAAGUAAUUAAUUUGCAUUUUAUUGCAUGACAUAAGUAUUUGAUCACCUACCAACCAGUAAGAAUUCCGGCUCUCACAGACCUGUUAGUUUUUCUUUAAGAAGCCCUCCUGUUCUCCACUCAUUACUGGAUUAACUGCACCUGUUUGAACUCGUUACCUGUAUAAAAGACACCUGUCCACACACUCAAUCAAACAGACUCCAACCUCUCCACAAUGGCCAAGACCAGAGAGCUGUGUAAGGACAUCAGGGAUAAAAUUGUAGACCUGCACAAGGCUGGGAUGGGCUACAGACAGUGGGGAGAACAAGUAUUUGAUACACUGCCGAUUUUGCAGGUUUUCCUACUUACAAAGCAUGUAGAGGUCUGUAAUUUUAUCAUAGGUACACUUCAACUGUGAGAGACGGAAUCUAAAACAAAAAUCUAGAAAAUCACAUUAUAUGAUUUUUAAGUAAUUAAUUUGCAUUUUAUUGCAUGACAUAAGUAUUUGAUACAUCAGAAAAUCAGAACUUAAUAUUUGGUACAGAAACCUUUGUUUGCAAUUACAGAGAUCAUACGUUUCCUGUAGGUCUUGACCAGGUUUGCACACACUGCAGCAGGGAUUUUGGCCCACUCCUCCAUACAGACCUUCUCCAGAUCCUUCAGGUUUCGGGGCUGUCGCUGGGCAAUACGGACUUUCAGCUCCCUCCAAAGAUUUUCUAUUGGGUUCAGGUCUGGAGACUGGCUAGGCCACUCCAGGACCUUGAGAUGCUUCUUACGGAGCCACUCCUUAGUUGCCCUGGCUGUGUGUUUCGGGUCAUUGUCAUGCUGGAAGACCCAGCCACGACCCAUCUUCAAUGCUCUUACUGAGGGAAGGAGGUUGUUGGCCAAGAUAUCGCGAUACAUGUCCCCAUCCAUCCUCCCCUCAAUACGGUGCAGUCGUCCUGUCCCCUUUGCAGAAAAGCAUGUUGUUGUUUCCACCUCCAUGCUUCACGGUUGGGAUGGUGUUCUUGGGGUUGUACUCAUCCUUCUUCUUCCUCCAAACACGGCGAGUGGAGUUUAGACCAAAAAGCUCUAUUUUUGUCUCAUCAGACCACAUGACCUUCUCUCAUUCCUCCUCUGGAUCAUCCAGAUGGUCAUUGGCAAACUUCAGAUGGGCCUGGACAUGUGCUGGCUUGAGCAGGGGGACCUUGCGUGCGCUGCAGGAUUUUAAUCCUUGACGGCGUAGUGUGUUACUAAUGGUUUUCUUUGAGACUGUGGUCCCAGAUCUCUUCAGGUCAUUGACCAGGUCCUGCCGUAUAGUUCUGGGCUGAUCCCUCACCUUCCUCAUGAUCACUGAUGCCCCAUGAGGUGAGAUCUUGCAUGGAGCCCCAGACCGAGGGUGAUUGACCGUCAUCUUGAACUUCUUCCAUUUUCUAAUAAUUGCGCCAACAGUUGUUGCCUUCUCACCAAGCUGCUUGCCUAUUGUCCUGUAGCCCAUCCCAGCCUUGUGCAUGUCUACAAUUGUAUCCCUGAUGUCCUUACACAGCUCUCUGGUCUUGGCCAUUGUGGAGAGGUUGGAGUCUGUUUGAUUGAGUGUGUGGACAGGUGUCUUUUAUACAGGUAACGAGUUCAAACAGGUGCAGUUAAUACAGGUAAUGAGUGGAGAACAGGAGGGCUUCUUAAAGAAAAACUAACAGGUCUGUGAGAGCCGGAAUUCUUACUGGUUGGUAGGUGAUCAAAUACUUAUGUCAUGCAAUAAAAUGCAAAUUAAUUACUUAAAAAUCAUACAAUGUGACUUUCUGGAUUUUUGUUUUAGUUUCCGUCUCUCACAGUUGAAUUGUACCUAUGAUAAAAAGUACAUACCUCUACAUGCUUUGUAAGUAGGAAAACCUGAAAAAUCGGCAGUCUAUCAAAUAGUUGUUCUCCCCACUGUAUAUAUAUAUAUAUAUACAGUGGGGAAAAAAUUUAAUUAGUCAGCCACCAAUUGUGCAAGUUCUCCCACUUAAAAAGAUGAGAGAGGCCUGUAAUUUGCAUCAUAGGUACACGUCAACUAUGACAGACAAAAUGAGAAGAAAAAAAUCCAGAAAAUCACAUUGUAGGAUUUUUAAUGAUCUUAUUUGCAAAUUAUGGUGGAAAAUAAGUAUUUGGUCAAUAACAAAAGUUUCUCAAUACUUUGUUAUAUACUCUUUGUUGGCAAUGACACAGGUCAAACGUUUUCUGUAAGUCUUCACAAAGUUUUCACACACUGUUGCUGGUAUUUUGGCCCAUUCCUCCAUGCAGAUCUCCUCUAGAGCAGUGAUGUUUUGGGGCUGUCGCUGGGCAACACGGACUUUCAACUCCCUCCAAAGAUUUUCUAUGGGGUUGAGAUCUGGAGACUGGCUAGGCCACUCCAGGACCUUGAAAUGCUUCUUACGAAGCCACUCCUUCGUUGCCCGGGCGGUGUGUUUGGGAUCAUUGUCAUGCUGAAAGACCCAGCCACGUUUCAUCUUCAAUGCCCUUACUGAUGGAAGGAGGUUUUCACUCAAAAUCUCACGAUACAUGGCCCCAUUCAUUCUUUCCUUUACACGGAUCAGUCGUCCUGGUCCCUUUGCAGAAAAACAGCCCCAAAGCAUGAUGUUUCCACCCCCAUGCUUCACAGUAGGUAUGGUGUUCUUUGGAUGCAACUCAGCAUUCUUUGUCCUCCAAACACGACGAGUUUUUACCAAAAAGUUCUAUUUUGGUUUCAUCUGACCAUAUGACAUUCUCCCAAUCCUCUUCUGGAUCAUCCAAAUGCACUCUAGCAAACUUCAGACGGGCCUGGACAUGUACUGGCUUAAGCAGGGGGACACGUCUGGCACUGCAGGAUUUGAGUCCCUGGUGGCGUAGUGUGUUACUGAUGGUAGGCUUUGUUACUUUGGUCCCAGCUCUCUGCAGGUCAUUCACUAGGUCCCCCCGUGUGGUUCUGGGAUUUUUGCUCACCGUUCUUGUGAUCAUUUUGACCCCACAGGGUGAGAUCUUGUGUGGAGCCCCAGAUCGAAGGAGAUUAUCAGUGGUCUUGUAUGUCUUCCAUUUCCUAAUAAUUGCUCCCACAGUUGAUUUCUUCAAACCAAGCUGCUUACCUAUUGCAGAUUCAGUCUUCCCAGCCUGGUGCAGGUCUACCAUUUUGUUUCUGGUGUCCUUUGACAGCUCUUUGGUCUUGGCCAUAGUGGAGUUUGGAGUGUGACUGUUUGAUGUUGUGGACAGGUGUCUUUUAUACUGAUAACAAGUUCAAACAGGUGCCAUUAAUACAGGUAACGAGCGGAGGACAGAGGAGCCUCUUAAAGAAGAAGUUACAGGUCUGUGAGAGCCAGAAAUCUUGCUUGUUUGUAGGUGACCAAAUACUUAUUUUCCACCAUAAUUUGCAAAUAAAUUCAUUAAAAAUCCUACAAUGUGAUUUUCUGGAGAAAAAAAUUCUCAUUUUGUCUGUCAUAGUUGACGUGUACCUAUGAUGAAAAUUACAGGCCUCUCUCAUCUUUUUAAGUGGGAGAACUUGCACAAUUGGUGGCUGACUAAAUACUUUUUUCCCCCACUGUAUAUAGAUUUUCUGUGGUAUUUUUGACUUUAUGUUUUGUUUUACCCCAUAUGUAACUCUGUGUUGUUGUUUUUAUCGCACUGCUUUGCUUUAUCUUGGCCAGGUCGCAGUUGUAAAUGAGAACUUGUUCUCAACUGGCUUACCUGGUUAAAUAAAGGUGAAAUACAAAUAAAAUAAACUGUAAAUACUCCCCUAGAUUCAUUGCCAUUGAUUGAAAAAAAGGAAAGUGAUAAUAGCACACGUGAGCCCAUAGGUUAAUCAGCAACUGUGGUAGAAUUACCUUAGUGUUCAAUGCUCAUAAGCUGAAGUUAAUAGGUGAACGCUUGCUAAUAGUAAAGGAGGAGGAGAGACGUGACGCUAAGCUAAUGAGGUAACAUUAUCAAAUCAAAUGUAUUUAUAAAGCCCUUUUUACAUCAGCAGAUGUCACAAAGUGCUUAUACAGAAACCCAGCCUAAAACCCCAAACAGCAAGCAGUGCAGAUGUAGAAGCACGGUGGCUAGGAAAAACUUCCUAGAAAGGCAGGAACCUAGGAAGAAACCUAGAGAGGAACCAGGCUCUGAGGGGUGGCCAGUCCUCUUCUGGAUGUACCCUAUAAAUACCUGCUAUGCUGAUGAGUGAGAUAGGAAGCGUUGUGAAUUAUAUGAGUUUACUAGAUGAAUGAAAAGUGACGAUCCAUUCAGACCAGCCAUACUGAUUUAACUUUCAUUAACUACAUUUCCUAGCAGCAUUCAGUGUAGCGUAGAAUACUCACUGAGUUUCCUGGAAAGCAUUGAUGAAGGCGAAGUUAAUUAAUUCUCAUUAGAUGCCAACCUGACAGGGGGAUCUAAGUGUGUUUGUGUUCAAGUCCCCCGUGGGGCCUCUAUAGAUGCCUGCUAUGUCUCUCCGGGGAGUGACUGAGCGCCUGCCUCCCAGUUCAAUGCUAAACAGGUUAGCUGUCAACACUUUAAAGUGUAGCUGUUAGCGGUGUAGCUAGAGUCUUGUGGGUCGUGUUUAUUAGGGCACACCGUAACGAGACGUUUUGCAACAUAACGUGAAAUGAGUUUCUUAUUGGACAACUUUGAGUAUCUCCCCGGAAUUCAAUACGUUUUCUUCCGUUUUGCGACGAAUGAACACGGCCCUGUGGUGGUGGGUGGGUGAGGGAGGGAGGGAGGGAGAGAGGGAGGGAGGAAUGGAAGGAGGGAUGGAAGGAGGGAUGGGAAGGAUAAACAAGUUCUUCCUCCAUCCUCAAGUUUUUCGUGAGCCAUUUCUUCUCUUCCUCUGUGUCGUGUUCAUCAGGCACUAAACGGAAGAUCAUGAACUGAACAGGGAGAGGCAACCAGAACAUUAAGAAAUGCUUGUUUUAGUUUUCUGUUACAAAACGUUUUGCUACCAUGUGCCCUAAUGAAUACGACCCUGUACCAUCGAAGCCAAUCAUUCAUACCACUAAACAGAUACUUUACCAUGGUAACCACUAAUAAACACUGACCUCCUAUGACUGACCAUGAACUAGAACUAGGACCAUGUGAACUGGACACACACCUACUCAUUCAAGGGUUUUUCUUUAUUUUUAAAAAUGUUUACGUUGUAGAAUAAUAGUGAAGACAUCAAAACUAUGAAAUAACACAUAUGGAAUCAUGUAGUAAACAAAAAAAAAAGUUAAACGAAUCAAAGUAUAUUUUAUAUUUGAGAAUCUAGGACUAAGAAUACACCUCCUCUUCUCUCUUUUUCCCUCCCUCCCUCCCUCCCUCCCUCCCUCCCACCCUCCCUCCCGUGUCCUCUCCUAACGUGUGUGCUUUGUCCUGUGUGUCACAUUAUGUCAUGUCCAGGCUAUGAAGGAGGUGUACAGCAAGAACCCCACAGCGAAACUACUGAAGGACAUCCAGGAGGCCAAGAAACACAUUCCUCUGCUGCAGAGCCAGCUCAGCAAGGCCACAGGCACACCUCAGGUAUACACAUAAAUACGUAUGCACGUACACCAGGCUUUCACAAACUCGGUCCUCAGGAUCCCAAGGGGUGCACGUUAUGUUUUUUGCCAUAGCACUACACAGCUGAUUCGAAUAAUCAACUAAUCAUCACGCUUAGGAGCACACACAAACAUUCUCUCUCAUAGACACACACUCUCUCUCUCUCCCUCUCUUGCCCUCUCUCACUGUAUCUCUCGCUCUCUCUCUCUCUCUCUCCCUCUCACUGUAUCUCUCUCUCACUGUCUCUCUCUCUCCCUCUCUCACUGUAUCUCUCUCUCUCCCUCUCACUGUAUCUCUCUCUCACUGUCUCUCUCUCUCUCUCUCUCUUUCUCUCUCUCUCUCACUGUCUCUCAAUGUCUCUCUCAAUGUCUCUCUCAAUGUCUCUCUCACUGUCUCUCUCUAACGGUCUCUCUCUCUCUCUCUCUCUCUCUCUCUCUCUCUCUCUCUCUCUCUCUCUCUCUCUCUCUCGAUCACAGGGUUACACACACUAUCAAAGGGACAGCCCAGUUACUGUCUGGGCUGUCACACAGUUAUAGUAGGCAUGUUUGACACACAACUCUGACAAUUGUGUGUGUUUUCAGGAUGGCUCCCUCUCCCCCCGGGACAGUGAGGUGGAGGAGGGGGGCUUUGGGGCAGCCGAUGGAGAGCAGACCCCCUCCUCGCGGGGAGAGAGCGGCAGCGACGGGCCCUGGACCAAUAACACUGUGAGUCAACCUGGCCAACUAGCCUGUCUGUUAUUAUCACCACCAAACCGUCCCUCCAUGACAAUUACAUUCUCAACAGAAUACCAUUGUACUGUAACCAGGGUUGGGGUGUAUUCCAUUUCAAUUCAGUCAAAUCAGGAAGAAAACUGAAAUUCCAAUUCCUAUUUUCCUCAAUACUUUUGUUUGAGAAAAUUGGACUGGAACGUGUGGUAUCAAUACCACAAUGCCCGUUCAAAAUCAGAGACUGGCAAAUGUAUUAUGUGACUGGUAUGUGGGUCUCUCUAUGUCAGGUGUCUCCCAGUCCCCUCCCUGAAAGUCCAUGCCAAAGAGAGACCCCCUGCCACAGCCCAAAGACCACCCCCCGAGAGAGCCUCAACUCCUGCCCCUCGCCUGACGUAGAGGACACGCCGGACCUGGUGAGACACACACACACUGUAUAUUUGUUGUUUACAAUAGCCCAGUUAGUGAGAGUGUGUGUGCAUGUGAGUCCCAUCGUUGCACUAAAACCUUGUCUCUGUGUGUGUGUGCAUGUGUGUCAGGACUGUAACUUCCAGUCCAGUGUGGGCAGCCCCUUGUCCCGUCUCAACCCCCAGAUAAUUGGAGCAGAGGAUGACUACUUUGACACGGAGCAGGAACAGGUACUGGUGGACUACUGCUAGACCAAUGUCUGUCUGUCUGAUUGACUAACUGGCUAUCUCUAUACUCUCUCUCUCUCUCUCUCCCCCCCUCUCUCUCUCACUCUCUCUCUGUCACUCUCACUCUCUCUGUCUCUCUCUCUCUCCCUCUGUCUCUCUCUCACUCUCUCUCUCUCAUUCUCGCUGUUACUCUCACUCUCUCUGUCACUCUUUCACUCUCUCUCUCACUCUGUCUCUCUCUCUCUCCUGUCUGUUUCUGUCUAAUUGUCUCAAUGUCUCUCUAUUACUCAACUUUAUCUUUCUGUUGAUCCCUACCCCUCUCUCUCUCAGAUCAACGGUCAGUGUAGUUGUUUUCAGAGUAUAGAGCUGCUCAAGUCUCGGCCCGCUCACUUGGCCGCCUUCCUCCAUCACGUGGUCUCUCAGUUUGACCCUGCACCUCUGGUAAGUCCACCACACACACAUACACGCACGCACGCACACACACACGCACACACCUAAACAAAAUGCAUGCCUAACAGACACAUCCACAGUAGCUACUGUAUGAACUGUAGGCAUGCAACAUUACAGUAACUGUCCCAAAAUUCCCAGGUUUUCCAGAAUUUGGGCACAUUUUGCGACCCUAAUGAACGCUGAUAUUUUCUAAUUAGGGUACAGCAGUUACUCUCUAGCACUUUGGUGGUUUGACCCCAGAAUGCUUUGGUCAGUAGUUUAGACCUAACCACCUCUUGUCCUCUCCCAGCUGUGCUACCUCUAUGCUGACCUGUACAAGCAGACCAACUCCAAAGAGACCAGACGGAUCUUCAUGGAUUUCCAUACUUUCUUUAUGGACCGAGCAGCGGUAAGACACACACUAUGUACACACACAUUAUGUACACGCACACAUGCAUUCACACACACACAUAUGCACAUGCGCAAGCAAAGAGGCACACACACAUACACACAAACACAAAGAAGACAGUAAAUUUUGGCUCAGCUACACACGUGUAUAGAAUAGAUAGGUGACACCAGUGUGUGCGCGCGCGAGCGUGCGUGUGUGUGUGUCGGUCAGUCUGUCUCUGGGGCAUUGAGUACUAACUUUUUUAAAAACUCAGCUCCAUCCAUCAGAUCCUGUUUCUACCCCUCUCUCUCGCUUGUGAGUGUGUCUGGAUGGCCAAGUUCCUUCACCAGUGGUGUGCUUCUGCUGGAAGAAGUCUGUCUGUGUCACGCUCGUUGAUAGACGGAUCGGACCAAGGUGCAGCGCGGUGGGCGAACAUAUUACUUUAUUAAAUGAACACCGACAAAACAACAAAAUACAAACGAACGUAAAGUUCUGCAGGCUACACAGCACCUAUACAAAAACAAGAUCCCACAAACUAAGGUGGGAAAAAGGCUGCCUAAAGUAUGAGCCCCAAUCAGAGACAACGAUAGACAGCUGCCUCUGAUUGGGAACCAUACCCGGAUGUAGACCCCGCUCCGCUCGCGGAUCCGCCAUCUUCGGUGGCGACUCUGGUAUGGGGAUCGUCGCCGGAAGCUCUGGACCUUGGAUCGUUGCCAGAGGAACCGGACUGUGGAUCGUCGCCUGACACUCCGGACCGUAGAUCGUCGCCAGAAGCUCCGGACCGUGGAUCGUCGCCGGAGGAACCGGACCGUGGGUCGUCGUCGGAGACUCUGGACUGCCGACCGUCGCUGGAGACUCUGGACUGCCGAUCGUCGCUAGAGACUCUGGACUGCCGACCGUCGCUGGAGACUCUGGACUGCCGAUCGUCGCUAGAGACUCUGGACUGCCGACCGUCGCUGGAGACUCUGGACUGCCGAUCGUCGCUAGAGACUCUGGACUGCCGACCGUCGCAGGAGGCUCUGGGCCAUGGACCAUCACUGGAGGCUUCGGGCCAUGGAUCAUCACUGGAGGCUUCGGGCCAUGGAUCAUCGCUGGAGGCUUCGUGCCAUGGAUCAUCGCUGGAGGCUUCGUGCCAUGGAUCAUCCCUGGAGGCUUCGUGCCAUGGAUCAUCACUGGAUGCUUCGUGCCAUGGAGGCUUCGUGCCAUGGAUCAUCACUGGAGGCUUCGUGCCAUGGAUCAUCACUGGAGGCUUCGUGCCGUGGAUCAUCACUGGAGGCUUCAUGCCAUGAAUCAUCACUGGAGGCUUCGAGCCGAGGACCGUCGCUGGAGGUCUGGUGCGAGGAGCAGACACGGGCCGUACCGGGCUGGAGACACGCACCAUUGGGCUGGUGCGAGGAGCAGGCACGGGUCAUACCGGGCUGUGAAGGCGCACUAGCGACACAGUGCGUAGAGCCGGCGCAGGAUAUACUGGGCCGUGGAGGCGCACUGGAGGUCUGGAGCGUAGAGCUGGCACAACCCAUCCUGGCUGGAUGCUCCCUUUAGCCCGGCAAGUGCGGGGUGCGGGCACAGGACGCACUGGGCUGUGAAUGCGCACUGGCGACACAGUGCGUAGGACCGUCGCAGGAUAUACUGGACCGAGGAGGCAUACUGGAGACCAGGAGCACUGAGCCGGCACAACCCGUCCUGGCUGGAUGCUCACUUUAGCACGGCAAGUGCGGGCACCAAGCGCACCGGGCUGUGAAUGCGCACUGGAGACACAGUGCGUAUCACCGCAUAACAGGGUGCCUGAACGGUCACACGCUCCUUAAAGCGAGUGCGGGGAGUUGGCUCUGGUCUGAAACCAGGCUCCGCCAACCACCCUGUGUGCCCCCCCCAAAAAAAAAUCUUUGGGGCUGCCUCUCGGGCUUCCGUCGUGGUCGUGACCUUCGGAGUUGCCGUUGAUCCUCUCUCGCUGCCUCCGUCUGCUCCCAUGGAAAGCGAUCCCUUCCUGCCUGGGUCCCUUUCCGGCCAAUAUCUCCUCCCAUGUCCAGAAUGUCUUCCCCACCUGUGUCCAGGAUGUCUGCUCCUCCUGGCCACGCUGCUUGGUCCGUUUGUGGUGGGAUCUUCUGUCACGCUCGUUGAUAGACGGAUCGGACCAUGGUGCAGCGUGGUGGGCGAACAUAUUACUUUAUUAAAUGAACACCGACAAAACAACAAAAUACAAACUAACGUAAAGUUCUGCAGGCUACACAGCACCUAUACAAAAACAAGAUCCCACAAACUAAGGUGGGAAAAAGGCUGCCUAAGUAUGAUCCCCAAUCAGAGACAACAAUAGACAGCUGUCUUUGAUUGGGAAACAUACCCGGCCAACAAAGAAAUAGAAAAACUAGAAUGCCCACCCAAAUCACACCCUGACCUAACCAAAUAUAGAAAUAAAAGGGAUCUCUAAGGUCAGAGCGUGACAGUCUGUUUGGUUUUGCUCUCCUUUAAGAUAAUUAGUAUAAUCUUAAAUGUACACUCUUUAUCUGCUACGGUGGGUGCAAAGGAAAUGGUAUUGUUGUGGUUGUAUUGCUUAAGGUCUCUCUUUUAGCUUUUUUAACUGAGAACAAUUUUUUUCCCCUUGCAGAAUCUGAAAGUAGCUGUGCCUGAGUCUAUGGCCUCUGAACUAGGUGAGUUAUUACUUCAUCCUCUCAAGACUUGUAUUAGUUUAGCAACAGUUUUAGCAAUGCAGUAGUGUCUUGUCUAGUGUAAUUGAUUAGAACGUUUCCAAAAAAGGGAGACUGCUGUGUGUGUGCGUGCAUGCGUGUGUGUGUUGGCAAACAUGCUGUUGUGUGUUCCCAGAGCGGCGGAGACCUGAGCUGAUCCCAGAGGAACUGCACAGACCUUACACACAGCUGCUACAGGACACACUACUACCAGACAUCCAGAGGAACCUAGAGGACUUCAGGUCAGACACACACACAUCACGCGCACACAAACACACACACAUUCAGACAGAAACACUCAUACGUACACACACGCACUCGCAGUCUCACACACAUACCAUACACACACACCACAAACACACACAUGCACACACUCACACUUCUCAAAGAUGAUGACGAUGAUGAUGUGCACAUAAUGAUGCUUUGAUAUCGUAUUUCCUCAUGGAUUAAUCAUACACGUGCGUGUGCGUUCGUAUCUGUGUGUGUGUGUGUGUGUGUGUGUGUGUGUGUGUGUGUGUGUGUGUGUGUGUGUGUGUGUGUGUGUGUGUGUGUGUGUGUGUGUGUGUCUACAGGCAGAAGCGCAGUAUGGGUCUGACCCUGGCAGAAGGGGAGCUGGCUAAGCUGGACACAGAGAGGGUGAGAGACCGUGUGUCGCUGGAGAGAGAACGCUCCUGUGCCGAACACAUCAUCUCCAAGAUAGAGGACGUUCUGUAAGUCCCUGCAAUAAAUGCACGCUAGGGUUGGGCGAUAUUACGAUAACAUUGGGUAGUGAUGAUGAUUGACAGCGAUCGUUGAUGGUGACGACAGUGUGAUGUGACAGACGAUGGUUUAGCUUAUUUGAACUUGACUGGUGCUGCGCAGUAAAAAACAGAGUCUCUCAGCACACAGCAGGGAAGCACACAAAUGACAUUCCCAGUAAUUUGCCUAUUCUUUGCUAUAGCCUAUUUCAAUAAAUAUGUUAUAUACAGAACGCAAGAGGGGAAUGUAGGCCAGGCAGAGCGGAGAAUUCCACCAAAGCAGCACAAAGAUGCAUUAGGCUAUAGCCAGGAUAGGCAACUGACAACUUAUUGGUCAGUAAAACAGCUCAAUUUCUUCUCCGCCAUCAUGGCAAAAUGUGUAGAAUUAUAGAAAACCUGCUUUAAAACUGCAACAAAAACAAUGUGGACACCCCAUGGCACGAAAUGAACUCUAAAACGUGAAAAUGUUCUCUCCGCUGUCAAGAGGGGGGCCACUAAAAUGUUUUGCUCGCAGUGUGUGGGGGGGGGGGGGGGGUAUGGAUGUGGGUAGGCAGACCCGCGAGCAACUGCGACCCCUCAUGAUUUCAGAUUUUUUUGUGGCCCUAUCAAAGUUGCCCAUCCCUGGGCUAUAGCCUAAACCUAUAUUAUUUUUUUCAAUAAUGGACACUCCACUAUCUUUUGUCUAGCUGUUUAAACAAAACGUAGCCUGUAUUCCGUUUUCUCUCCAUUCGAUUGGCUAUGAAUAAGAAUGAAGGCUACGCUUCAUUGUUUUAUGCAUGGCUUUCUCCAUAUCAAACAAUGAAUGUUACAGAGUUCCAUCUCAUUAUUUAAAUAGCCUAAAAACUUAAGGUACACCUGCUCGUCGAACAUCUCAUUCCAAAAUCAUGGGCAUUAAUAUGGAGUCAGUCCCCCCCUUUGCUGCUAUAACAGCCUCCACUCUUCUGGGAAGGCUUUCCACUAGAUCUUGGAACAUUGCUGCAGGGACUUGCUUCCAUUCAGCCACAAGAGCAUUAGUGAGGUCGGGCACUGAUGUUGGGCGAUUAGGGCUGGCUCGCAGUCGGCGUUCCAAUUCAUCCCAAAGGUGUUCGAUGGGGUUGAGCUCAGGGCUCUGUGCAGGUCAGUCAAGUUCUUCCACACCGAUCUCGACAAACAAUUUCUGUAUGGACCUCGCUUUGUGCACAGGGCAUUGUCAUGCUGAAACAGGAAAGGGCCUUCCUCAAACUGUUGCCACAAAGUUGGAAGCACAGAUUCGUCUAGAAUGUCAUUGUAUGCUGUAGCGUUAAGAUUUCCCUUCACUCGAACUAAGGGGCCUAGCUUGAACCAUGAAAAACACCCCCAGACCAUUAUUCCUCCUCCACCAAACUUUUGAGUUGGCCCUAUGCAUUCGAGCAUCCGCCAAACCCAGAUUUGUCCGUCGGACUGCCAGAUGGUGAAGCGUGAUUCAUCACUCCAGAGAUCGCGUUUCCACUGCUCCAGAGUCCAAUGGCGGCGAGCUUUACACCACUCCAGCUGAUGCUUAGCAUUGCGCAUGGUGAUCCUAGGCUUGUGUGCGGCUGCUCGGCCAUGGAAACCCAUUUCAUGAAGCUCCCGACGAACAGUUCUUGUGCUGACUUUGCUUCCAGAGGCAGUUUGGAACUCGGUAGUGAGUGUUGCAACCGAGGACAGAUCAUUUUUACUCGCUUCAGCACUCUGCGGUCCCGUUCUGUGAGCUUGUGUGGCCUACCACUUCGCAGCUGAGCCAUUGUUGCUCAUAGACGUUUCCACUUCACAAUAACAGCACUUACAGUUGACCGGGGCAGCUCGAGCAGGGAAGAAAUUUGACUGAACUAACUUGUUGGAAAGGUGGCAUCCUAUAACGGAGCCACGUUAAAGGUCACUGAGCUCUUCAGUAAGGCCGUUCUACUGCCAAUGUUUGUCUAUGGAGAUUGCAUGGCUGUGUGCUCGAUUUUUAUACACCUGUCAGCAACAUGCGUGAAAUAGCCGAAUCCACUAAUUUGAAGGGGUGUCUACAUACUUUUGACCAUGUAGUGUAGCUAGAGGACUAAUAAUGAGAGAGAACAAACAAUACCAAUAGCCUAUAGAAAAAUCUAAUGACAAGUUUCAUCAAAUUUAAGCUUAUUAAGGAAGAAAUUAUCCAUGUGGGCCGGGAAAAUCCCUCCAAAUGGGCAAUAACCUAUCCUAAUUUCUCCUACUGGCCUAUCAUAAAAGCUUUAAGACAAGUUGAAGUUAUGAACAGUAACUUAUUUCCCAAAUAUUCUAGCUCACAAAGGUGUUGUCCUAAAGUUGUUAAAUAACAACUUGAAAAAUAACAAGAAUGAAAGUCUAUAGGCUAAGCCUAGGCAUAGGCUAUUCUCAAUCACAGUUUUAUGAGAGAUAGAACAAACAAUAUUAUUUACUUUUCUAUUAUUUUAUGAGGCAAAUAAAGCAAUUAAUAUCCAGUUCUGAAGAUGGUAAACUGCUUCUAUCCAGCCCAUGAUGUAGGCCUAUAACCUAGCUCACUACGGUAAGACAUGCUCCAUCAUGUGCGCUGCUUCAUCAGACAGACACACACACACACAAACAAGCAUCAUCAAGAUGAUUGAGUGACAACAUGGAACGAGUCAGGUCGAAGCAGGGUUGGUCCUGGUCAGUCCCUGGAUUGGAGAUCAGAUGCUGCUGGAAGUGGUGUUGGAGGGACAGUAGGAGGCACUCUUUCCUCUGGUCUAAAACAAAAUAACAUCUCAAUGCCCCAGGGCAGUGAUUGGGGACAUUGCCCUGUGUAGGGUGCCGUCUUUCAGAUGGGACGUUAAACGGGUAUCCUGACUCUCUAUAGGUCACUAAAGAUCCCAUGGCACUUAUCGUAAGAGUAGGGGUAUUAACCCUGGUGUACUGUCUAAAUUCCCAAUCUGGCCCUCCUAUCAUCAUGGCCACCUAAUCAUCCCCAGCUUCCAAUCGGCUCAUUCAUUCCCCCUCUUCUCCCCUGAAACUAUUCCCCAGGUCGUUGCUGUAAAUGAGAAUGUGUUCUCAGUCAACUUACCUGGUGAAAUAAGGGUUAAAUAAAAAGCAAUUGUAAUUCCAUGUUGCAUUGUUUAGAAAUCUCCCACAUUGCGGCAGGUAGCUUAGUGGUUAAGAGCGUAGUGCCAGUAACCGAAAGGUCGCUGGUUCUAAUCCCUGAGCCGACUAGGUGAAAAAUCUGUUGAUGUGCCCUUGAGCAAGGCACUUAACCCUAAUUGCUCCUGUAAGUCGCUCUGGAUAAGAGCGUCUACUAAAUGACAAAAAAAUGUUUCUAAAAAAGGUGCUUACUACACAUGGAGCCACUUUGAUUGGCCGACAAUAACAACAAACGUGUGAAGCCUAUGUAGGCUACUACGGUAUGUAUUUUUAUGGGGCAAACAUUAAAUUAAAUGCAAAAGUUUGUUGUUUUAUUGAAUUAAUCAUGUCUAAUGUCAUGGUAUAUCCUUGUGUGUAGCAAUGUCACAUACUUCAUUUAAUUUAGACAAAUACUUUUUAAUAUGAAUACUCUCGCAAUUAUUUCAAUACUAACGUCUGUUCGGAUAUUCAAAUAUUUGAAUAACCGUGCCCAUCCCUAGGUGUCAUGGCUUACUGAAAUGACAUGGAACGACUAUGUUGUCUCCAGUUACUGUGUGUGUGUAGAAGAAAUUGUACCACAUACACGUGCCAUUUCUGGAAGUUAUUUAAAGGUCAGUGAGUGCUUGCGUGUCUCUGCUCUCUGGGCCUCAAACACGCCAAACUGGACAGAUUACAGGGAUUAAGAUAGAUAGAUACAAGUUAGAUAUUAUCUCUCUCUAACACACACACAUGCACAGACACAGACAGACAGAUAUAUGCAGACAGACAAACCGACAGAUGACAGACACAGACAGACAGACACAUACACUCGUCCUUUCAAGACCUCUGAUAUCAUGUCACUCUCCCAAGACCGUCUCUCCUACCUGCACUCACCUGUUGUUUAGUGUUUUUGAUGCCAGUGUGAAGGUUUAAGCUGUUUCGGCAUGGACUGUAGCUACUAGCUACCAAUGUUUUGACAUUUGCAUGCACAUGCAGAUUUUGGUCUUUUGAAAUUGCCUUGUGAAUAUUUCGGGCCUUUUAGAGUUUUGUUUGCUAAAAUAAAAAACCUAAGCAUCACAGAGAUCCUAAAUUAUUCUACACUGAACAAAAAUAUGAACCCAACAUGUAAAGUGUUGGUCCCAUGUUUCAUUAGCUGAAAUAAAAGAUCACAAAAAUGUCACAAAAAGCUUAUUUAUCUCAAAUGUUGUGCACAAAUUUGUUUACAUCCCUAUUAGUGAGCACUUCUCCUUUGCCCAGAUAAUCCAUCCACCUCACAGGUAUGGCAUAUCAAGAAGCUGAUUAAACAGCAUGAUCAUUACAGAGGUGCACCUUGUGCUGGGGACAAUAAAAGGCUACUCUAAAAUGUGUGGUUUUGUCACACAACACAAUGCCACAGAUGUCUCAAGUUUUGAGGGAGUGUGCAAUUGGCAUGCUGACUGCAGGAAUGUCUACCAGAGCUAUUGCCAGAUAAUGUAAUAUUAAUUUCUCUACCAUAAGCCGCCUGCAACUUCUUUUUAGAGAAUUUGGCAGUACGUCCAACCAGCCUCACAACCAUAGACCACGUGUAUGGCGUUGUGUUGGCAAGCGGUUUGCUGAUGUCAACGUUGUGAACAGAGUGCCCCAUGGUGGUGGUGGGGUUAUGGUAUUGGCAGGCAUAAGCUACGGACAAUGAACACAAUUGUAUUUUAUUGAUGGCAAUUUGAAUGCACAGAGAUACCGUGAUGAGAUCCUGAGGCCCAUUGUCGUGCCAUUCAUCCACUGCCAUCACCUCAUGUUUCAGCAUGAUAAUGUCGCAAGGAUCUGUACACACUUUCUGGAAGCUGAACAUUUCCCGGCUCUUCCAUGGCCUGCAUACUCACCAGACAUGUUGAGCAUGUUUGGGAUGCUCUGGAUCAAAGUGUACGACAGCGUGUUCCAAUUCCCGCCAAUAUCCAGCAACUUCUCACAGCCAUUGAAGAGGAGUGGGACAACAUUUCACAGGCCACAAUCAACAGCCUGAUCAACUCCAUGCGAAGGAGUUGUCGCGCUGCAUGAGGCAAAUGGUAGAUACUGACUGGUUUUCUGAUCCACGCCCCUACAUUUCUUUAAGGUAUCAACAGAUGCAUAUCUGUAUUCCCAGUCAUGUGAAAUCCAUAAAUUAGGGCCUAAUUUAUUUAUUUCAAUUGACUGAUUUCCUUAAAUGAACUGUAACUCAGUAAAAUCUUAGAAAUUUUGAAAAAAUAAUGUGUUUAUAUUUUUGUUCAGUAUAUAUGUAAUUCUAUGGUAUGUAUACUAUUGUAAUGUUAGUAGCUAAUCUGUUUAAAAGUGCAUCGAUAUAGAGGACUUUUUUCAAACUCAAACAGUUUUAUACAGUGCAUUCGGAAAGUAUUCAGACCCCUUCCCUUUUUCCCCAUUUUGUUAUGUUACAGCCUUAUUCUAAAAUGGAUUAUAUAAAAACAAUUCCUCAUCAACCUACACACAAUACCCCAUAAUGACAAAGCGAAAACAGGUUUUUAUAGAUUUUUGCAAAUGUAUAAAAAAUAAAAAAGAGAUUUAUUUACAUAAGUAUUCAGACCCUUUGCUAUGAGAUUCGAAAUUGAGCUCAGGUGCAUCCUGUUUCCAUAGAUCAUCCUUGAGAUGUUUCUACAACUUGAUUGCAGUCCACCUGUGGUAAAUUCAAUUGAUUGGACAUGAUUUGGAAAGGCACACACCUGUCUAUAUAAGGUCCCACAAUUGAAAGUGCAUGUCAGAGCGAAAACCAAGCCAUGAGGUUGAAGGAAUUGUCCGUAGAGCUCAGAGACAGGAUUGUGUCGAGGCACAGGUCUGGGGAAGGGUGCCAAAACAUUUCUGCAGCAUUGAAGGUCCCCAAGAACACAGUGGCCUCGAUCAUUCUUAAAUGGAAGAAGUUUGGAACCACCAAGACUCUUCCUAGAGCUGGCCGCCCGGCCAAACUGAGCAAUCGCGGGAGAAUGGCCUUGGUCAGGGAGGUGACCAAGAACCCGAUGGUCACGCUGACAGAGCUCCAGGGUUCCUCUGUGGAGAUGGGAGAACCUUCCAGAAGGACAACCAUCUUUGCAGCAUUCCACCAAUCAGGCCUUUAUGGUAGAGUGGCCAGACGGAAGCCACUCCUCAGUAAAAGGCACAUGACAGCUCGCUUGGAGUUUGCCAGAAGGACUCUCAGACCAUGAGAAACAAGAUUCUCUGGUCUGAUGAAACCAAGAUUGAACUCUUUGGCCUGAAUGCCAAGCGUCACGUCUGGAGGAAACCUGGCACCAUCCCUACGGUGAAGCAUGUGGAUGGCAGCAUCAUGCUGUGGGGAUGUUUUUCAGCAGCAGGGACUGGGAGACUAGUCAGGAUCGAGGGAAAGAUGAAUGGAGCAAAGUAUAGAGAGAUCCUUGAUGAAAACCUGCUCCAGAGCACUCCGGACCUCAGACUGGGGUGAAGGUUCAACUUCCAACAGGACAACGACCCUAAGCACACAGCCAAGAUAACGCAGGAGUGGCAUCGGGACAAGUCUCUGAAUGUCCUUGAGUGGCCCAGCCAGAGCCGGGACUUGAACCCGAUCAAACAUCUCUGGAGAGACCUGAAAAUAGCUGUGCAGCGACGCUCCCUAUCCAACCUGACAGAGCUUGAGAGGAUCUGCAGAGAAGAAUGGGAGAAACUCCCCAAAUACAGGUGUGCCAAGCUUGUAGCGUCAUACCCAAGAAGACUCGAGGCUGUAGUCGCUGCCAAAGGUGCUUCAACAAAGUACUGAGUAAAGGGUCUGAAUACUUAUAUAAAUGCGAUAUUUCAGUUUUAAAUGUGUAAAACAUUUGCAGAAAUGUCUAAAAAACGUUUUAUGCUUUGUCAGUAUUGGGUAUUGUGUGUAGAUUGAUGAGGGAAAAAAAUAAUUUAAUAAAUUAUAGAAUAAGGCUGUAACGUAACAAAAUGUGGAAAAAGUAAAGGGUUCUGAAUACUUUCCGAAUGCACUGUAUAUGUAUCGGUAGCUACCAAUGUGUAGCACCCACCUGGAUGAUGCACGGCAGCCAUUUUAUGCCAGAAAGCUCUCCAGUCGCCACUCAUGGGCUGUCGACUAAUCUUUCUUUGAUUCUUCGCAUCCUCUCUCCUCGCAUCCUUCUCAAAACCCAUUGGAGAAGGUCAGUAGAAAGGGACCUUGGAUCUUCUCCUCCAAUACAGUUGAGAAGGAGGCGAGGCGAUAGGAUGCGAGGAAUCACAGAAAUACUAAUUGAGAUAUUAGCCAUGUGCUAAUAGAACUGUAUUACUAUUACACAAGCAGACUACACAUUUGUCUAUUUGAAGUAGAAGUGACACUGCUUUUUGUGGAGGUGUGUGUGUGUGAGAGUGUCACUUAACCCUAUUAUGUGUUUAUCUUCUUCCAGGCUGACGUCACAGCCCACAGAAGAGGAGAAGUGGUAAGGGGGGAUUUUUUAAAUGUUCAUUUAAGUCAGUGGAUGGCCGGGGGGGGGGGGGGGGCUGGAACAUAAUUGUAAUAAAUUGUACACUGCAUAUUGACCGCAACUAAGUUCAAUAAGCGAUUGUAUUUGAAAAUAACAAUUAUUUCAUACCUUGAUUACAUUGAUAUACAAUCACAUGUCUCUUUUUUUAUUUGUGGGAAUACUUGAGAACAGAUAUCCUGUUUUGCUAAAACUUUGGAGGGCCCAAAAAAAUAAUUGCGGGCCACCUGUUGCCGACCCCUGAUGUAAAGUGUAUAACUAACCACAUGUCAGAAUAUGACUAGGAUAGGUCUGUUCUCAUACUAGAGUUUAGAAAGUUCACUGUGGAAGUAGUGUGUUGAUUGUUGAAUGAACUCAAGUGAGUGUGUGUUGUCAUACAGUAGUUGUGUAUGAGUUGUGAAAGUCGAGGUGAAUCACACACACUAUCUGGGCCUGUAUUCACAAAACCUGUCAGAGUAGGAGUGCUGAUCUAAGAUAAUUUCCCCCUUUUAGAAGAUUAUGAUUAUUAUUAUAUUGACAGGGGCGACCUGAUCCUAGAUCACCACCCCUACUAUCAGACGCUUUGUGAAUACGGUUCUGAUCGGAAGUCCACGCGUAUUGGAAUUAUGUUCUCUGAUAAUUGGUUUAAUAUCUAAACCAUUUCUUUCCACUAUUUUCAGUCGGAUGUAGUUAGCACACAGAUUAUAUUAUAGUGUUCCAUAUCCCAUAUGGCUAACAGCAGUUCUGUUCUGACUAAGGUGUCAGUGUGCUAGGACAGAUGGUGUGUGUGUGUGUGGUCUAUUUGGGGAAUGGCUCACGUUGUGGCUGCUUAUUUCUGAUACAUGAAUUCCAUCAGCAUAUUGUUUCCAUCCAUGCUGUGAGAAAGCUGUUGGAGUGGCACAGCUUACUGAACACGAGUCCCAACUGGCACCCUAUUCUCUAUAGCGUUCACUACUUUUGCCCAAAUUGGUGCCAUUUGGGACGUAACCUGUCUGCCAUUACAUCAUAGUGUCAUCUGACUCCAUCUUUUGGAGAUCUGUGGUACUACACACUUUGAGUUGGGCCAGGGUGGUGUUCAUUAGCACCAAAUGGAAGAAAACAGAUCGAAACGGGGAGGGACUACCUGGUCUUGUCCAAUGUGAAACAACUUUUUUUGUUUUCAGUUGCAAAACGUUUUCCUUUGUGCUCCCUUAUUAACACAACCCUGUUCUGACAAUAUGAAUGGUAUUGAAGAGUAGGGCAAUUAGUAAAAACUGAUCAGGUCAGGUUUUAAGAAAUGUGUCCUAACCUUUUCAUUAGAUUUUCCCCAAAUGUACUUCUAGUGAUUGAUAACAUGUGUCCUAUUAGAAUUACAGUUUUCAAAGAGCCUUGUGAGACAUUUAUGUAUCAUGACUAAACCAUUUUUCAAAGUAUAAUAAUUAAUUCAGUUAAUCAAUAUGAUGAUUUAAUGAUUUAAAUGAUUUGAUAUUAAGAUAAAGUGGGCUGUACUGGGCCUAAAAAAUGGGUUAGUGGUAAUAUAAACAGUUCAUUAAUAGUGUAUUGUGUUGCAGCACUACUAUGCAGUAUGUCAUCCUCACCUAUAUGAAACACCUGGGAGUGAAAGUAAAGGAACCACGUAGCCUAGAGCCCAAACGAGUCCGCAUCAACUUCCUGCCCAAGAUCAAGGUACAACACACACACACACACAGUACACAACCACCUAGACGCAUCAAUUAUGUAUUUGAGCACAAUACCAUGGUCUUUUACAGCUUGUAGGAACUUCUAAUUUGAUGUAGCAUAAAUCAUUCAGUUUCUUCACACAGUGGCACUGUUUGGGGACAUGAUGGCCCACUUGUUAGCAGCUUUCCAGGGUAGCAUUCAGUAGGGCACAAUAUUGUGCAACUUCCAAUAAAAAAUAUAGCAUAAAACAAACAUGCCUCUUUGACAUGUAGAAUAAGGAAUCACAGCAGCGCUAUUCAUGACAUGGCUAUCUUCAACGUUCCACAACGCUUGCCUACUGAAAGUGACCCCGUUUUUUAAAUUGUCUGACUGGGCAGUUUGUAUGUGUUUUGUUCUGUGGAGCAGAAGAGCAUCAAAACUGAGAAAGAGGGGGAGGAGAAGGUGAAGAAGCCUCGCUUUCCCAGCAUCCUCGGCCCUCCUCGGCGGCCCAGCCGCGUGGACUCAGCUUCAAGUAAGUGUGGAAGACUACAAAUGGAUGUAGUACACUUAACAGUUCCCUCCUAUCGUGCCAGUGUGGAACGCAAAAAACGGCAAUGGUUAGUUUGAGAUGUGUAACAGGCUCUGUAGUGACACAUUUUUUAAUAUACAAAAAUAACAACGCACAUCCCUAUUUGGCAAUAUCCUUACUAGCAUUUACCUAAUAUGCAUGUCCAAUACAUCACCAGUAGUAUGCAAGUGUGGAUAUUUGAAGUUACACUACCGUUCAAAAGUUUGGGGUCACUUAGAAAUGUCCUUGUUUUUGAAAGAAAAGCCAUUUUUUUGUCCAUUUAAAAGAACAUGAAAUUGAUCAGAAAUACAGUGUAGACAUUGUUAAUGUUGUAAAUGGCUAUUGUAGCUGGAAACGGCUGAUUUUUUUAGGGAAUAUCUACAUAGGCGUACAGAGGCCCAUUAUCAGCAACUAUCAGUCCUGUGUUCCAAUGGCACGUUGUGUUUGCUAAUCCAAGUUUAUCAUUUUAAAAGGCUAAUUGAUCAUUAGAAAACCCUUUUGCAAUUAUGUUAGCACAGCUGAAAACUGUUGUGCUGAUUAAAGAAGCAUUAAAACUGGCCUUCUUGAGACUAGUUGAGUAUCUGGAGCAUCAGCAAUUGUGGGUUCGAUUACAGGCUCAAAAUGGCCAGAAACAAAUAACUUUCUUCUGAAACUCGUCAGUCUAUUCUUGUUCUGAGAAAUGAAUGCUAUUCUAUGCGAGAAAUUGCCAAGAAACUGAAGAUCUCGUACAACGCUGUGUACUACUCCCUUCACAGAACAGCGCAAACUGGCUCUAACCAGAAUAGAAAGAGGAGUGGGAGGCCCCGAUGCACAACUGAGCAAGAGGACAAAUACAUUAGUGUCUAGUUUGAGAAACAGGCGCCUCACAGGUCCUCAACUGGCAGCUUCAUUAAAUAGUACCCGCAAAACACCAGUCUCAACGUCAACAGUGAAGAGGUGACUCCGGGAUGCUGACCUUCUAGGCAGAGUUGCAAAGAAAAAGCCAUAUCUCAGACUGGCCAAUAAAAAUAGCCAUUUACAACAUUAACAAUGUCUACACUGUAUUUCUGAUAAAUUUCAUGUUAUUUUAAUGGACAAAAAAAUUGCUUUUCUUUCGAAAACAAGGACAUUUUUAAGUGACCCCAAACAUUUGAACGGUAGUGUAGUUCAGGGGCAUGUUUAGCCCUGAGGACAGAAGCUUGUGGUGUUGUGUUAAGGCUCGGACACAUUACAUCUUACAUCCAGCGCUGUAAGGAGAUUGUGGACUUCCGCAGCAGGAAGUGCCUGUCUGGAGUUGUGUGGGCCAGCUCCCCAUUAUGCUGUGCUGCUCCCGCCAUAGAUCUACACAUAUUAGACUUGCACACACACUCAUUUACAUGUUCAAAGAGCCUUGGUAGACAUUUAUGUAUCAUGACUAAAACAUCUUUACAAGUAUAAUAAGUAUUGCAGUUAAUCAGUGUGAUGAUUUACAUUUUUAAAUUAUUUCAUGUUGAGAUCAAUACGUCUGUACUUCAAUACUGUUCAUUUUAAUUUGAUCAGAUGUCCAUUUAGAAAUGGUGAAGAUAUGGACCCUUUUGUCGUAACAUUGCUACUUUGCCAUUCUCAACCAAUUGACCAAUCUAGUAGAUCUAGUUGAUCUAUAUCUGUAUUGUAUCAGCCAAGCCACUCACUGUGGUUCAUCUCAAGCCCCUUCCUCUUGAUAGCUCCUCCUCCUUCUUUCUCCCUGAGCUCUGGGUUUGGAGACCUACUGACUAGUUUUGCUUAAAUCUGUGUGUCUGUGUGUGUAGUCAGUAAGGCCAUGGAGAUGAACAAGCAGCGGGGACCCCAGAAGCAGCUCUCCCAGCCCGCCCUCAGCGUCUCCGAGCACCCAGAAUUCUCAGCGGGCGGCAUCCGCGCCCGCAGCCAAUUCAGCGAUCCAGGCUCUGACGCGGUCGCCCACCCCUUGGCCUUCAUGGCCUCCCCCCCCUACAGUGCCCCAGCCAGCCAGGGCUCCGACCCAACGGGACGCGACUCCGACUCGGGUAAGGACCCCUUGUCUCUCCGCCACCCCCAUGCCUUUCCUCCAUUCUCUUUCUUUCUAUCUGUCUUUUCCUCUUCACUUCUCUCAAAUAAUGAUAGAAGGUAAAUAAUUGUGUCAUACAUAAUAGCGCUUUAGUGCUUUUCCAAGUGCUCAAAUAGCUAUAUAUAUGACUCACCUCAUCUUGUAUAACCAAUUCUCUCUUCUCUCUCUCUUUCCCUCUCUCGCUCUCGAUCGCUCUCCCUCUCUCUUUCUGUCUUCAUGUCUUCCCUCCAAGCUGGCUUCCUCGCUUUCUUUCCUCCUCACCACCCCACCUUCUCUCUCCCACGUUGUCUGUUUGCUUUUGUUCUGUCAUCCACUUCCCUCCACUCCGACAUGUUUUCUCCUUGGCCUUUUGUUGUCAGGACUCUGUUACACUGGCUUAGCUUGGCUUACAGUGGCCUAGCCUUCUGGAAAAUAAUUGCUUUCUUUGGCUUUUUCUUGUUUAUUCCUAAUUGGGGGGCGGCCUUAUUUUCAGAACGUCGUCUGGUCUUUGUCUGCAUAUGAUCUGUCUAAAUGACCCCUCUUUAUUUUCUUUUGAAUCAUCUGCUGUAUGUAGUACGGAUAUUAUUUUUGCACUGCUUUUAGACUAUAGCGGAUCUCUAUUCUUGAGCUUGUUCCACCACACGAUAAGUCAACUGCUGACUAAAGCACUUCUCUUCGAUGGAGAUCUUUUUUGACCUUCCGAAUGAAGAAACUUACGUGAGCCUUCGCCAUAUUGCUUAGGACCAUAUUGCCUCCUGUUGGACUUAAGUGAAGUAGAAUAUACCUUUAUUAAUUCACAUGGAGAGGGACAUUCUCCCUGCAAAAAUGUAAUUGAACUUCAUGAAUCCACCUGGAGAAGGACAUUGGCCUUGGUAGAAUUGAAUGGAACUUUAUUAAUCCACCUGGAGAGGGACAUUGGCCCAUUAACCUUGGAUUUUUGUUCUUAUGUGUGAGCCUCCAUCUGGGGCCAUAUGUAUCAAGUGUCUCAGAGUAGGAGUGCUGAUUUAGGAUCAGUCUUGCCUUUUAGAUCACAAUGAAAAUAAUAUGACAUUGUCCAUGUGGGGAUAUCGUAGAUCAGCACUCCUACUCUGAGAUGCUUUUUACUUACAGCCCCUGACCUCUCCUCCUAUUUUGUUCUCUUCUCUCCAGGACUCAGUCCCUCCUCUGCCCUGCUCAGACUGAGCUCCGACGGGCUCCACUCGGGCGACACCCAGGACGGGAUGGUCCACCUAACCGGCACCCACUUUGACUUCAGCCCCUGCACUCUGGACCAAUUACAGGAGGAGGAGCGUGAAAGUGACAGGUGAGGGCGGACACAAGGUCAUGGUGUCAGGGGUUGGAUUCGAACCCAUGCCGACUCUGCGGUGUUAACACUUUUGAUAGUGUCCCUCUUGUUAUAGCAAUCUUCAGUGGAAUACACACAGCUAGGUGUUGAUUAGACUUUGGUAAAUAUACAACUUAAAUAUGAAGCAGGUCUAUAGACAUGGGGGUGUGGAAUCAUGUCCAGUGGACCUUACUAGACUGUUGACCUAAGUCAGGCUGUGACCAUUGUCGUUCUAAAUUCAGGUUAACGGGGCCAUUGAGGACAAUUUACUUAAUUAACCUAUUUUACGUUGAAGUGCUACAUUUUAAAACUAAACUAUAAGGUAAGAGAGAACAUUAAUCGAUGUACAUUGAGUGUACAAAACAUUAGGAACACCUUCAUAGAAAUACAGAGGGCAGGUCUGCUGGAAUCAAAUGUGAUGGUUUCAGCAAUACAUAGUGGAUCUUCUAAUCUGCUCAAGGGUUGAGAUACUCUGAUAUAUACCAUCCUUUCACCCCAUGUCUUAUCUAAUCCGAGUCAGGACUGUUCUCUGGGUCAACACAAAUCUACACUAAAUCUGCAUUCCAAAUGGCACCCGAUUCCCUUUGGGCUCUAGUCAAAAGUAGUGCACUAAAUAGGGAAUAGGGUGCCAUUUGGGAUGCAGCCUAAAUCUUAUGCUGAGCGAGAUUGCAUGAUCACUGAAAUAUUGUUCCAAAGAGGGAGCAAGCUUUCCCGGGAAAAACCUUCCAAGGCAGAAUGUUUUGCUGCUGUGUUGGUCCACUGCCAAGCUCAUCCGUUCUCAUCCGACACAACCAGUCGACCGCAAAGUCUGCAGUCUCACAGUCAUACUGUUGGGAUACACAGCCCAUACCCAGUGGUCAUGCUCAAGGCCUCGGAGCCGUAUCUGUUCUGGUGCUGCUGCUACAGCACUCUGCUGCUGAAUCCCUUUCUUGGUCUCUCCGAUCAUUCAUGACCUCAUUGAAAAAAAGGUCCUCUUAUGGUGUAUUACUUGGAGACGGGGAGUUCUCCAACCUAUGCCUUAGGACCUCUGUUCAGAUAGAUGUGGAGGAUUGAGAGGAGGGAUUUGGUGAACGGCAGAAAGUGUGUUGACGGGGACUGAUCUUCUAUCUCCAGGGCCCAAGAGGGAGGCACGCCCAAACCAGCCCGGAGGUGAGUCUUUCUCUACUCUUAUUCUUUUUUUUGUCUAUUUCAUUUGAUGUUGUUACAGUCCUGGGUUCAAAUACUAUUUGAAAUGUAGCCGGCCUGGAGCGCCAUAUGGUCAUUUUAGCCAGGCAAGCUCAAUCAAGUACGGAUAAAGAAUUUGAAAUUAUUUCAAAUAGUAUUUGAACCCAGGUCUGGUUGUUUUUUGUCUCUGUAGUCAUAUGAAUGGCAUGAAUGAUAACUGAUUUUCCCCAGUUGUUCUGUAGCACCAGCUAUUCAAAGGGUUUGUGUUGCCCACAUAAUUGAAUCAACUGAAUCAAUGGUGAUUGAUUAAACAUGAUUAACGUGAUUAAACUUUAACUUAACUUUGGCAAAACCUUUGAAUAUAAUUGAUUGAGUUACUGAUCACCCUCUCUCUACCCAUUAUUAAAGGCUUGACAUCUGCACUUAGUAACUCGGUAACUUUCCCAAUUAAUCACACAUUGAUCUCAAUUGUAGAGUUGCGCUUUAGUGUUGUUUAAGAGGGCCCAGGGCCGUGUUCAUUACGCACCAUGUCACCCUUGUAAAAUAAGUAUUCUGAUCUCAAUUGGACUUCCUGGAUAAAUAAAAGUUAAAUUAAACCAAACAGAAGUAAACGGUCUGAAACAGGGAUGGACUACCUUAACAUUUGUCCAGUAUGAAACGCUCGUUUUCAUUUUCCAUUGCAAAACAUUUAGCCACUGCAUGCCCUAAUGAACACAAUCCAGGUGUCAUCAUCAGAGACUUGUUAUUUUCAUGUCAGGAUGGACGGGUUAGGCUGUGGAGAUGUGCCGAGUGAGGACGACCAGGGGAACGAGAUCGAGUGCGAGCAGGACCCUCCCAACUGGCAGGCACUGGUCAGCCGAGAGGUCCUGGCGGGCCUGACGCCACAGGAGAUCAAAAGACAGGAAGUCAUCAACGGUGAGGCCGUUGGCCAUUUUGGCUCCACAUACUGUACAGCUGCCUGGGGAUCAAUCAUACAGAUAGAUAGUUGUUGAAUAUUCAUAGUAGUUUCAUGCUAUCAGUCUGCUAAAGAUAGAUAUUUGUUGAAUAUUCAAAGUAGUUUCAUGCUAGCUGUUUAGCUUUUGAGACAUGAUUUGUUAUUGAGAUGGCAAGUAUGUAUUAGAGUUUGUCCUUUGGUUCCACCUCAUUGUCUUACAUCAGAUAGUGUGACGGACGUCUGCGGUUUCGUUAGAAAGGCACCAUCUGUCGAAAGACAAUGGGUUCCACCUGACUUAUGACUGUCUGACCAUAGAGAUAUCACUAGUGCAGCGUUUUCCAAGUUCGGUCCUCGGGACCCCAAGGGGUGCACGUUUUGAUUUUUGCCCUAACACUACACAGCUGAUUCAAAGUAUCAAAGCUUGAUGGUUAGUUGAUUAUUUGAAUGAGCUGUGUAGUGCUAGGGCAAAAACAAAAAUGGCAACCCCUUGGGGUCCCGAGGACCGAGUUUGGGAAACCCUGCACUAGUGGCUGAUGUCAUAGACCUGCAUAGCUUUAGAAUGGGCGGACAAUGGCAGCCAUCUUGUUCUGUUUAAUUAUAUGGGUCUGACUGUGUGCGUGUCUCCACAGAGCUCUUCUACACAGAGCGAGCCCACCUGAGGAUGUUGAAGGUGCUGGAUAAUGUGUUCUACCAGAAACUAACCCGAGACGGCAUCCUGCCUCCUGGAGACAUUAAACACAUCUUCACUAACCUAGAGGAGAUUGUCCAGCUACACGGUACGCUGUGUGUGUGUCUCUGUGUGUGUCUGUGUUUGUGCAAUGCUAGCUAUACUCACCACAGGGCUUCCUCUUCAAAGCUACAGUCAAACUCCUCUCUCAGGGAUAAUGCUAAUUUACACUUAAAUAGAAUUUUCACUUCCUAAAUCAUUGGAAUUUACCUCUUCUCAAAGAAAUGUCAUCUUUUCCCUGACUUUCUAUGUUGAGCAGAUCACAUCCUUGCUAUCUCAUAUUAUUGAAUCACUGGUCUUUUCUCUUCCUCCCUACAGUGUGGAUAACGGAACAGAUGACUGUCAUUCGGAAGAAGAACGAGACGUCAGUAAUAGACCUGAUAGGAGACGAUCUACUAGCUUGGGUAAGAGAAGACUCAGCAUGCGUCCUAAAUGGCACCCCAUUCCCUUUAUAGUGCACUACUUUUUACCAGAGCCCUAUGGGCCAUUUGGGACAUAUUUUCAGUCACUGCAGGAGAGGGGGAGUAUUACAUCCAAAAGCCAUUGCUAACAUUGCUGUGUGUGUCUGUGUCCUUUUCUGUGUCCAUGUCCCCCCAUGUGUAUGUGUGCCCGCAUGUUACCAUGUCCCUCUGUGCGUGUCUGUCCGUGUGUGUAUUUGUGUAGUUCAGCGAUGACGAGGAGGAGAAGAUCAAGCGGGCGGUGGGCACCUUCUGCAGCAACCAGCCCUUCGCCCUGGAACUCAUCAAGACCCGGCAGAAGAAAGACCAGCGCUUCACCUCCUUUAUGCAGGUACGACACAGUAUACUAUAUUCUACUGUUCAUGUGUUGCAUGUUGUGAUUGUGAUGUCAUCAGAUUGACCAUUUGCUCUGGAGUGAGUGACUGUAGUAUUGACUCAGGUGUGUCUCUCUCGUCCUAUAGGAGGCUGAGAGCAACCGUCUCUGUCGCAGACUGCAGCUGAAGGAUAUAAUUCCAGUGGAGAUGCAGAGGCUGACCAAGUAUCCACUACUGCUGGAGAGCAUUGCCAAGUACACAGGUACAGUAGACGACACCACUAUAAAAAACACACUGUCUGUCCACACAACUAAUAAAGGUUGAGACAUGGGCCUGAAAAUAGUUUGGAAUACAUUUCAUCACUCUUCUUCUGUGUCCAUCUGUUGGAAGAUAGGUAUUGAAUUUCUUUGUAAUGGUUGAUCAAAGAGGGAUGUAUUUCCAAGCUGAAUGAUCUUUUAAUGUUUAGUAAAAUGACUGAACUAAAGGAAAGUACAGCCUUUUUCAAUGGUAGUACUGCAGAUUUAGCUACUCAAACCUUUACAACCAGAGAUUGUAAAAUCUGUCAAAAAUUGCAUGAAGAUUAGGCUAUAAAUAAUCUUGGUUUACCCAGAACUAAAAUCCUGUGUAAUUCGGUCAGAUAUGUUUAUGUAGUCUCUCCAUGAGAGGUUAGGCUGUAAAUGAAUCCGUCAUCAUCAUCAUCAUCCCUUCACAUUCUCGUGCACGUGGGUUUUUGUAGUGCACUUAUUUGGUCCACUCCAUAAAACUGAUAUAAUCUGUUUGUGUGUUUUUUGCCUGACAGAGGAUACAGAGGAGAGGGACAAGGUAAAGAGGGCCGGGGAGUGCUGCAGGGAGAUCCUUAACUAUGUCAACCAGACAGUGAAAGAGGCAGAGAACAAACAGGUAACUGACUAAGAAGAGCAGAACCAGUGGGACUAGACACAUGGUCAACAUUGGUGAACACAUGCACACAGCUAGCUACACCAACAGUUGUCAUAGUGCAGCCAUGUUUCCAUUGAAAACUGUGUGACACUUGCAUGCUAAAUUAAGCGAAGCCAGUUCAGACGGCACCAAUGGGAUUCAAAUACUUCCUACCUUAAUAUGGAGGUCUAUUUAAGUUGACCAGUUCCUCUGCUAAGCUAUGCGAUUGGCUUUUCGUUGCUGCUUUUAUUGCUGCUGCUGUAACUAUUGCUGCCACCUGCUAUGCGUUGUCUGUUUUCUGCUAGCCUACCACCACCCCAGCCUCUACCUGUUUGGUUCUGCUUUUUUCCCCAUCAGGGGGACUGAUAUAUCUCGCUCACUGCCUGUAUUGUAAUGGUAAUAAUGGGCACAUGGCUCUGGCAGUGAACUCCCCUGAAGGAGCAGAGCCUAACACCAAGACCAAAUGUUUUGUCAUCUAUUUUUGUUUCUAAAUGGUUAAAGGAAUACGUGGCUUUCCUGUCUGAACUCUAUUAAUGCAAAAUGUUGUAAACAGUGCAACUCUCAUGCCUGCCACCUUUCUACCAGAAUAUAUCAGCUAAGGGACUGAAUAGCAUAGAGAUCCUAUUAAAUGAGUGUUGUAACUCUAUACUGAAUAGGUUUCUUCUAGCCAGUGCUGGUAAGUGUGUGUGCUCGUCUCCCUACAGAGGUUAGAGGACUACCAGAGACGCCUGGACCUCUCCUCACUCAAACAGAGUGAGAACCCAAUGAUCUCAGAGUUCAAGGUGAGACUCAACUCCUCUACUUGUGUCUCCAUUUAUUUACAUGCAUUUACCUUUAACCAGGUAAGUUAAUUGGACAUAUUCUCAUUGACAUGAACCCUGGCUUAAAGCUGUAGAAAGGUGACUGUUCUGACGUGUGUGCGUGUGCAUCUGCAUGUGUAUGUGCGUGCAUGCGCGCAUGUGUCUGUAGAGCCUGGACCUGACCAAGAGGAAGAUGGUGCACGAGGGACCUCUCUCCUGGAAGGUCAACAAAGACAAGACCAUCGGUAGGUACCCAUAAUUCAACAGAAUGUGUUAGCGGUGUAGAAAUGUUGAUCAAUUGUACCUUUAGGACAAUUGCUAGUUCCAUUUUAGCUUAGCCCUUUGGUACACUAGAGUUGUCCUCAUCCAAUGCUGAAAAGCUAAGUAGGCUACAACAUACAAUAGAAGACUGAGAAGAAGACCCAGGGUUCACAUGCUAGUUUUAGCCCACAUGAGGACUAGCUUGUCCUCUUGAGUGUAAGUGCUUUUCUGUGUAUUGUAAACCAUCUUCUCUCUAUACCAAACGCCAGGACUGAGAGAUACAAAACGUUCCCCGUACCAUACCAGUUAAUCAACAACAUUUGAGUCAUGUUGUCAUGAAUUUCACUUGUUUAUCCAUGUAUUUCAGUGUCUAUGACUGCCAUUUGGCUAUCAAAAAAAAGUAUUAACUUGAACUUCCUCCUGUGCCCUCAGAGCUGUACACGUUGCUCCUGGAGGAUAUCCUGGUGCUGCUGCAGAAGCAGGAUGAGCGGUUGGUCCUCAAGUGCCACAGCAAGAACUUGGCGGGCACCGCUGACACCAAGCACAUCUUCAGCCCCAUCAUCAAGCUCAACACCGUGCUGGUGCGCUCGGUGGCCACCGGUGUGUCCAUUCAAUUCAGUUCAGUUCUAACAAUAACAAAGCGUUCUCCCUCACCCGUUUCAGUAAAACGCUGAGGGAUGGGGCUUGAGAAAUGUAACCACCCUCAAAUUCAUAGACAGAGCUAUGGAUGACAAUCCAUUGUAUCAACAUUAUAGUUUUAACCACAGACUUAUAUUUUGGGUUCUGAUGGGGUACGACAGCUGAACUAAGCUCAUGAGGCAUUUAUAAGUUAUAUUCUUCAAGAAUCAAUAGGUACAUUAAUCUAUAAGUCAAAACAUUUAUGUAACAACAGCUUAUUUCCCCUUUAAGGGGGUUAUUUAUUGUGAAAUGUUUUUAAAAAUUCAGAUCGAAAUAGUUUUUGCUCUAUAUGUUCCGUUUCCAUCUGUGACGUUCUGAAUGUUGCGUCCCACUGAAAAGGCUCCUGGAGUCAUAUCCGAUCAAAUUGCUUCAAGCAACAUAUCUGUGGUAGCCUGGUCCCAGAUCUGUUUGUGCAGUCUUGCCAACCACCAUGUUUGGCAUGACAGUGACCAUUGGCGUAAGCUUGGUGGAACCUGCCUGAUCUUGCAAUAGCUCACAUUCUGUUUUACUGAUGUGACAAGGCUACAUUAGAGUUGGCUAUACAGCACAAACAGAUCUGGGACCAGGCUAUAUCUAGUGGGCUUUGGAGAGGAAAGACAACAUAGGAAAGACAACAUAGAAGACUGUCAAUAUAAUAUACUGUAUGUUCUAAUGAUAUUCUAUCUCUUCCCCUGACAGACAACAAGUCCUUCUUUGUGCUGUCUAUGUCCGACAACGGAGCCCAGAUCUACGAGCUGAUGGCCCAGACCGUGUCCGAGCAAAGAAUGUAAGUCUGUCCAUUUUCAUCCUAAAGUCACUUUAUUCAAGCGUCCCAUUCAGUUUGUUACCUGGCUGGAACUAGGAUUGCAAAAUUCUGGACACUUUCCGAAAGUUCCCAGGUUUUCCAGAAAUCCCAGGUGAAGGAUUCCAGGGGGGACUAAGCAAGGACGGAAUCCUCCAACCAAGAUAUCUGAAAAAUCUGGAUUUGCUUGGUCCCUCCAAACUAAGUUGCGCUCAAAGAGAUACAGGUUUUCCAGAGGGCACACACUUAAUGUGUUGUGAAAUCGGGUGUGAAUGUAUUGUAAUGUUUUUAAAAUUGUAUAACUGCCUUAAUUUUGCUGGACCCCAGGAAGAGUAGCUGCUGCCUUGGCAAGCCUAAAUAAGUUCAGGAGUAAAAAUGUGCUUGACAAAUCACAUAAGUUGCAUGGACUCAUUCUGUGUUUAAUAAUAGUGGUGAACAUGAUUUGAAUGACUACCUCAUCUCUGCACCCCACACAUACAAUGAUCUGUAAGGUCCCUCAAUCGAGUAGUGAAUUUCAAGCAAAGAUUCAAGCACAAAAGCCAGCGAGGUUUUUCAAUGCCUUGCAAAGAAGGGCACCUGUCUUGUCGUUGUUGGUGAUCUGGCCUAACACUGUUGUGUCAUCGGCAAACUUAAUGAUGGUGUUGGAGUUGUGCCUGGCCAUACAGUCAUGAGUGAACAGGGAGUACAGGAGGGGACUGAGCACGCACCCCUGAGGGGCCCCCGUGUUGAGGAUCAGCGUGGCGGAUGUGUUGUUACCUACCCUUACCACCUGGGGGGCAGCCCGUCAGGAAGUCCAGGAUCCAGUUGCAGAGGGAGGUGUUUAGUCCCAGGGUCCUUAGCUUAGUGAUGAGCUUUGAGGGCACUAUGGUGUUGAACGCUGAGCUGUAGACAAUGAAUAGCAUUCUCACAUAGGUGUUCCUUUUGUCCAGGUGUGAAAGGGAAGUGUGGAGCGCAAUAGAGAUUGCAUCAUCAGUGGAUCUGUUGGGGCGAUAUGCAAAUUGGAGUGGGUCUAGGGUUUCUGGGAUAAUGGUGUUGAUGUGAGCCAUGACCAGCCUUUCAAAGCACUUCAUGGCUACAGAUGUGAGUGCUACGGGUCGGUAGUCAUUUAGGCAGGUUACCUUAGGGUUCUUGGGCACAGGGACUAUGGUGGUCUGCUUGAAACAUGUUGGACAUUACAGACUCAGACAGGGAGAGGUUGAAAAUGUCAGUGAAGACACUUGCCAGUUGGUCAGCGCAUGCUCGAAGUACACGUCCUGGUAAUCCGUCUGGCCCUGCGGCCUUGUGAAUGUUGACCUGUUUAAAGGUCUUACUCACAUCGGCUACGGAGAGCGUUAUCACACAGUCAUCCGGAACAGCUGAUGCUCUCAUGCAUGUUUCAGUGUUGCGUGCCUCGAAGUGAGCAUAGAAGUGAUUUAGCUCAUCUGGUAGGCUCGUGUCACUGGGCAGCUUGCGGCUGUGCUUCCCUUUGUAGUCUGUAAUAGUUUGCAAGCCCUGCCACAUCCGACGAGCAUCGGAGCCGGUGUAGUAUGAUUCGAUCUUAGUCCUGUAUUGACGCUUUGCCUGUUUGAUGGUUAGUCGGCGGGCAUAGCGGAAUUUCUUAUAAGCUUCCGGGUUAGAGUCCCGCUCCUUGAAAGCGGCAGCUCUACCCUUUAGCUCAGUGCGGAUGUUGCCUGUAAUCCAUAGCUUCUGGUUGGGGUAUGUACGUACAGUCACUGUGGGGACGACUUCAUCGAUGCGCUUAUUGAUGAAGCCGGUGACUGAUGUGGUGUACUCCUCAAUGCCAUCGGAAGAGUCCCAGAACAUAUUCCAGUCUGUGCUAGCAAAACAGUCCUGUAGCUUAGCAUCUGCUUCAUCUGACCACUUUUUUAUUGACCGAGUCACUGGUGCGUCCUGCUUUAGUUUUUGCUUGUAAGCAGGAAUCAGGAGGAUAGAAUUAUGGUCAGAUUUUCCAAAUGGUGGGCGAGGGAGAUCUUUGUACGCGUUUCUGUGUGUGGAGUAACCUAUUCCCCUGAAGGAGACUGAAAAUAUUUGGCAAGGGUCCUCAGAUCCUCAAAAGGUUCUACAGCUGCACCAUCGAGAGCAUCCUGACUGGUUGCAUCACUGCCUGGUAUGGCAACUGCUCGGCCUCGGACCGCAAGGCACUACAGAGGGUAGUGCGUAAGGCCCAGUACAUCACUGGGGCCAAGCUUCCUGCCAUCCAGGACCUCUAUACCAGGCGGUGUCAGAAGAAUGCCCUAAAAAUUGGCAAAGACUGUUCUCUCUGCACGGUACCAGAGCGCCAAGUCUAGGUCCAAGAGGCUUCUAAACAGCUUCUACCCCCAACCCAUUAGACUCCUGAACUUCUAAUCAAAUGGCUACCCAGACUAUUUGAAUUGCCCCCCCCCCCCCUUUUAUGCUGCUGCUACUCUGUUUAUUAUCUAUGCAUAGUCAUUUUAAUAACUCUACCUACAGUGAGGGAAAAAAGUAUUUGAUCCCCUGCUGAUUUUGUACGUUUGCCCACUGACAAAGACAUGAUCAGUCUAUAAUUUUAAUGGUAGGUUUAUUUGAACAGUGAGAGACAGAAUAACAACAAAAACAUCCAGAAAAACGCAUGUCAAAAAUGUUAUAAAUUGAUUAGCAUUUUAAUGAGGGAAAUAAGUAUUUUACCCCCUCUCAAUCAGAAAGAUUUCUGGCACCCAGGUGUAUUUUAUACAGGUAACGAGCUGAGAUUAGGAGCACACUCUUAAAGGGAGUGCUCCUAAUCUCAACUUGUUACCUGUAUAAAAGACACCUGUCCACAUAAGCAAUCAAUCAAUCAGAUUCCAAACUCUCCACCAUGGCCAAGACCAAAGAGCUCUCCAAGGAUGACAGGGACAAGAUUGUAGACCUACACAAGGCUGGAAUGGGCUACAAGACCAUCACCAAGUAGAUUGGUGAGAAGGUGACAACAGUUGGUGCGAUUAUUCGCAAAUGGAAGAAACACAAAAGAACUGUCAAUCUCCCUUGGCCUGGGGCGCCAUACAAGAUCUCACCUCGUGGAGUUGCAAUGAUCAUGAGAACGGUGAGGAAUCAGCCCAGAACUACACGGGAGGUUCUUGUCAAUGAUCUCAAGGCAGCUGGGACCAUAGUCACCAAGAAAACAAUUGGUAAUACACUACGCCGUAAAGGACUGAAAUCCUGCAGCGCCCACAAGGUCCCCCUGCUCAAGAAAGCACAUAUACAGGCCCGUCUGAAGUUUGCCAAUGAACAUCUGAAUGAUUCAGAGGAGAACUGGGUAAAAGUGUUGUGGUCUGAUGAGACCAAAAUCGAGCUCUUUGGCAUCAACUCAAUGUGUUUGGAGGAGGAGGAAUGCUGCCUAUGACCCCAAGAACACCAUCCCCACUGUCAAACAUGGAGGUGGAAACAUUAUGCUUUGGGGGUGUUUUUCUGCUAAGGGGACAGGACAACUUCACCGCAUCAAAGGGACGAUGGACGGGGCCAUGUACCGUCAAAUCUUGGGUGACAACCUCCUUCCCUCAACCAGGGCAUUGAAAAUGGGUCGUGGAUGGGUAUUCCAGCAUGACAAUGACCCAAAACACACGGCCAAGGCAACAAAGGAGUGGCUCAAGAAGAAGCACAUUAAGGUCCUGGAGUGGCCUAGCCAGUCUCCAGACCUUAAUCCCAUAGAAAAUCUGUGGAGGGAGCUGAAGGUUCGAGUUGCCAAACGUCAGCCUCGAAACCUUAAUGACUUGGAGAAGAUCUGCAAAGAGGAGUGGGACAAAAUCCCUCCUGAGAUGUAUGCAAACCUGGUGGCCAACUACAAGAAACGUCUGACCUCUGUGAUUGCCAACAAGGGUUUUUCCACCAAGUACUAAGUCAUGUUUUGCAGAGGGGUCAAAUACUUAUUUCCCUCAUUAAAAUGCAAAUCAAUUUAUAACAUUUUUGACAUGUGUUUUUCUGGAUUUUGUUGUUGUUAUUCUGUCUCUCACUGUUCAAAUAAACCUACCAUUAAAAUUAUAGACUGAUCAUGUCUUUGUCAGUGGGCAAACCCCAAUUACCUCGACUAACCAGUGCCCCCGCACAUUCACUCUGUUAUUUUUACUGCUGCUCUUUAAUUAUUUGUUACUUUUAUUCUGUAUUAUUUUAUAUUGUAUUUAUUUGUGAUUUUUUGGGGUAUUCUUUCUUAAAACUACAUUGUUGGUUAAGGGCUUGAAAGUAAGCAUAUCACUGUAAGGGUUACAGCUGUUGUAUUCGGCGCAUGUGACAAAUACAAUUUGAUUUGACCUAUUUGUAGAGGCUUAGUAUCCCUUUGAGCAUGGUGAAGUUAUUAAUUACACUUUGUAUGGUGUAUCAAUACACCCAGUCACUACAAAGAUACAGGCGUCCAUCCUAACUCAGUUGCCGGAGAGGAAGAAAACUGCUCAGGGAUUUCACUGUGAGGCCAAUGGUGAUUUUUAACAGUUUGAGUUUAAUGGUUGUGAUAUGAGAAAACUGAGGAUGGAUCAACACCAUUGUAGUUACUCUACAAUACUAACCUAAAUGAAAGAGUGAAAAGAAUGAAGCCUGUACAGAAUAAAAAAUAUUCCAAAACAUGCAUCCUGUUUGCAACAAAGCACUUAAGUAAUACUGCAAAACAUGUGGCAAAGAAAUUAACUUUUUGUCCUGAAUACAAAGCGUUAUGUUUGGGAAUACAGCUAAGCACAGGCAACAUACACUGGGAGACAAAUCAGCAGGACAAUAACCUAAAACACAAAGCCAAAUCUACACCGGCGUUGCUUACCAAGACGACAUUGAAUGUUCCUGAGUGUCCUAGUUACAGUUUUGACUUAAAUUGGCUUGGAAAAAUUUGAAAAUAGCUUUCUAGCAAUGAUCAACAACCAACUUGACAGAGCUUGAAUCAUAUUUAAAAGAAUGGGCAAAUAUUGUACAAUCCAGGUGUGCAAAGCUCUUAGAGACCCAAAAUGACUCACUGCUGUAAUCGCUGCCAAAGGUGUUUCUAACCUGUAUUGUCUCAGGGUGGUGAAUACUUACCUAAUCAAGUGUGGCAGACCAGGGGGUUUGAUCAAGACGUUUACACAGAUCAGACACAAGUGUGAUACCUCAGUUUCAAGGGUGUUUAUUUAAAACAAUAAAGAAAAAGAAAAGAAACCGGUCUCCUCCAGGAGACUUUUACAUUUUAGUCAUUUAGCAGACGCUCUUAUCCAGAGCGACUUCCAAUUAGUGAGUGCAUACAUUUUUCAUACUGGCCCUCCGUGGGAAACGAACCCACAAUCCUUGCAUUGCAAGCGCCAUGCUCUACCAACUGAGCUAUAGGAGGGCCAAUACCUCUUCCGGGUUACCGCCUUCUGGGCUCCGGGGAAUGCUGUCUCCUCUUGGGUAGAACACCGAGCCCCUCGGUUCUAUUAGACCGUGAGGACAUCUGUCUGGUAACAACCUCUCACUAGCUCCAAAAAACCCUCCCAUGUGCUGCCCUGCUGGCAGCUUUAUGGGCCCUGUACGGCUGGUGAGCAAUCAGCCCCAAUUAGUCCUGGCCAGAGGACCCGUUGAGACCUGGCACGUCCAGCAGAGGGAGCCACCGCCGUGUGAUGUAGACUCCGUCUGUCACCAGGCCUCGACGAGUCUCCCCCUGGUGGCUUGUCCGCGGUACGCCACACACCCCCUUAGCCCUGUCGGGGAGGGGGCGGUCGUCAUCCGCAUUCCCAUGCUUUGCCCCUGACCUGUGCACAACAGAAAAAGAGAAGCAUUGAAGGGACAAGAACCACCUGGUGUCUCGAUCGUUCGGGCCCUUUCCCCUGGCCAUCCAGACCAGGGGAGCAUGGUCUGUGACCAGGGUGAAGUGGGUGCCCAACAGGUAAUCCUUAAGAGUGUCUAGCGCUCACUUCAACGCUAGACACUCUUUCUCUACAAUCGAGUACUUAUUUUCUCGGGGUAUCAAACUCCCCAUCGUGUACCUGGGACAGGACUGCCCCCGUGUCACAGGCAUCCAUCUGCACCAGCAUCGGUACCUGGAAAUCGGGUGUCACGAGACCGAACUGGAGGACCCGGUAUUGGUAUAUGCUGUCCGGUGUCGAGAAUGCAGUCUUCUCCCGGGAGGAGGCUGUCAUUGGUACCUGCCAAUAUCUCUUGGUCAGGUCCAGGGUGCUGAUGUCCCAGGCCUUUCCCAACCGGUCGAUGAGCUCGUCCACCCUCGGCAUGGGGUAGGCGUCGAACAAACUAAUGUCGUUCAAAAGGGGGAAACCCAGUGGAGGCCUGGGGCACUUGUCGGAAUGAGAACAUUAGGUGGGGUAGUAGCUGGUCCCAGUUCUUCCCGUCCCGCUCGAUGACCUUCCACAGCAUUUGUUUGAGCGUUUUAUUGAACCGUUCGACGAGCCCAUCCAUCUGCGGGUGAAAGACGGAGGUCCGGAUCUGCUUUAUCUGUAGGAGACCACACAAAUCUAUCAUUAGUCGGGACAUGAACUUGGUACCUUGGUCGGUCAGGAUCUCGUUCGGGAUGCCCACCCGGCUGAAGAGGUGGAACAGCUCCCGGGCGAUUCCCUUGGAGACUGCCGCCAGUAGGGGAAUGGCUUCGGGAUAUCGGGUGGCAUAAUCUACUAUUACCAGGGGGGCCCACUAUAUGGCAAUGCGUUCAAACGGCACUCCGAUGAUCGGUAGGGGAACCAGCGAGUUCCGGAAGUGUGCUUUUGGGGGCGGUGAUUUGACACUCCGGGCAGCUGCGGCAAUAGUCUUCCACGGCCCGCCUCAUCCCGGUUCGUCCCCGCUCUCGUCGGUCGCCAUCUCGUACUCUUUUUCCCAGCUCAUGCCUCCACAGUGCCGCGAACAGCGGACAAUCUCGUCCCACGAGGAGGGGUACCGGCAACUCAGGUACGGCACCCACCCUCAUCUGGCAGCUCCCUUGUGGCGUCACGAUGGUGGCCUGCCCGGUCGAAUACCGCUUGGUGUCGCCGUGGACACAGGAGAUAGACAUCUCCUCACCGUGGUCGGUCGGAUGGGCCAGCAGGCACGCUUGUACGAGCGUUACCACACUCCCGGAAUCCAACAGAGCGUGGGUGUCGUGACCGUCGACUUUCACCGGGACCAUGGGUGCUGGUGGUUUGCUGUGGGCCCAACAUGAUGUGACGUAGUUUACUGCGUGGCCCGGCUCGUCUCCGGGGCCUGCUGAUGGCAUUGACUUCUCUCGACCCGGGCAAUUCCAUGCGAGGUGUCCCCGGGCGUCACACUCAAAACACCUCCUUUGGUCUUCAUCCACCUGGGGUCGGCGGCGGCGGGUCGACACUCCCCCGGCUGUCUCUCCGCGGGUCUGAAGUCCUUUAGCUCGGCUGACUGUCGGAUUGGGGAGUACGGUGGUGGGGUCGCCCUUCCGUCCCCUCCGACGACUCCCCCUGGUGGCUUGUCCGCGGUACGCCACACACACCCUUAGCCCUGUCGGGGAGGGGGCGGUCAUCAUCCACGAGAUAUAUUCAUGUUUUUUCAUACAUUUUUAAUAAAUGUUAGAGUACUUUGUGUAGAUCGUUGGCCAAAAAUGACAAUUAAAUCCAUUUUAAUCCCGCUUUGAAACACAACAAAAUGUGGAAAAGUCAAGGGGUGUGAACUUUCUGAAGGCACUGUAGAUGGCGCACUUGCCAGAAAUACGGGAUGAGCUCUAUCUCUGUUUGCUCUGUUUCUCAUUAACUUCUCCCAUCCACUAGGUGGCAGUGUCUGAUAACGCAGAGCGCAGAAACCAUGAAGACGGAAACGCACAACAUCAUACCUUUACCACAGACCGAGUGAGUUCACUGGCCUUUUUGGCUUUAUCUUAUAUGUACUUUUAUAUACUCUGCUUUCUAAUGAAAAAAGGCUCCCGUUUCACAUCGCCCUAGUUUAUAAUUUACGUUUGUGUGUGUGUGUGUGCAUGCAUGCGUUUGGCAUGUGUGUUGCAGUGCGGAGCGAGACGCAGUGGAGAUUAUCAGCACGGGGGUGCCCAAACUGAGCAAAGACCCUGAGCGCACCUCCAUGGGAUGUACCGAGUCCCCAGGUAUCAAUAACUAGACACUUAAUAAAUGAUUUCAACCUUCAACCCUAUGAAAGGUAAUGUGAGUUUGACUAUGCUUCCAGCAGCUGUAACAACUUCAUUACACGUGUCUGUGUCCCCUAGAAAAAGACGUCACUUCCUCGCCGGGUCUGCAACCAAUGCCCACAUCGACCAACCCAUUUGACGGCGUCAAAUCAGACGACGAGGAAGAAGAGGACUCGCCACUGCCAGACAGAAGAGAAGAACAAGAAGAGGAGGAGGAAGUGGAGGAGGUAGACGAGGAGGAAAUUGAAGCGUUUCUGGAUGGAGAGCUAGCAGACAGACUGCCCUUCCUCCAGGAGAGGUCACGCCAGGGCAUUGCCAUCGACGACCAGGAGCCCGAUGACACCUUCGGCAUGCCCCCCUCCAGAGCCGAGGAGGCCCUAAGAACCUGUGAGUUCAUUGCCUUAGCCUUAGACCAAUAUGUCACAUACAGUGAUAGAAUGACACAUUGAAUGGCACACUCAAAAUGUUUUGCAACAGAAACCAAAAAUGAGUGUUUCUUCUUAGCCUAAUGAACAUGACCCUGUAGAAGCUCUAUAACCACCCUGUCUCUCUCUCUCUCCUUAUCCCAGUGGCAGCCCUGAGGCAGGUCCUUCUCAACCACAUGACGAGCAGAGCGGAGGGCAGCGAUAAGGACAAAGAGAAGGGGAAGGAGAAAGAGAAGGAGCAGAGGAAGGGCCGGGCCCCUGGGGGCCGCCUGCUGAGGACCACGUCCCUGAGGGGCCCCGAGGACAAUAACAGCAGUACCUCGGCCCCAAGGAGCGCAGCAGCACCCUCUACUGGCUCCUCUGAAAACGGCGCCUCGGAGAGAACCGAGGCAGGGAGGGAGGAGGGGACCCCGGGGUCCAUGAAACUCCGGUCUGGGGACACAGGUUUCUUUGAGACUUCCGAGGACUAUGGUGAGCCAACUGGGACAUUCAAGGCAGAAAACCUAAGGGGUGAAUCCCCUUCCGCUUAAGAAGAAUUUCACUUAGUCAUGCAUCGAUGUCAAUAGGGACCAAGUUCUAAUUCUACUGAAGUGGAAGUUAGGAUAUCCUAUAGCUUUUUUUUGUGCUUUUAUAGCAUUUUGUUCCUAUAGCUGAUGUUUUAUAAUAAAUUAUCAUAAUACAUGUUUGCGGUUCCUCCUUUUUAAUUAUGAAAGUUAAAGUACUCAGGUGGGCAUAACUUACCCAUUUUUCUCUCUCUCUCUCUCUCUUUCUUUCUUUCUUUCUUUCUUUCUUUCUUUCUUUCUUUCCUACCCCCCCCCCCCCCAGGCAGUUACAUGGUCCUGGAGGGCUACGGGGCCUCGGGGGAGAGCAGCACGGAUGGUGGGGGCGGGGCCCAAUGGGGCCCGGACAUCGACCUGAAGAAGCUGCUCUCCUCCUCCUCGCAGACAGGUGGUGCCGGCCCCAACCUCAGCCGCCAGAUCAUGACCCACCUCCGCCUGCUCCAGGCCAACCUGCAGCAUCUAAAGGUACACCAUCAACCUCCUUCACCCCCCUUUAAGUAACAUGAAGUUUCAGACCUGGGUUCAAAUACUAUUUGAAAUAAUUUAAAGGGAUACCUCUGGAUAUUGGCAAUGAUGCCCUUUAUCUACUUCCCCAGAGUUAGAUUAACUUGUGGAUACCGUUUUUAUAUCUCUGUGUCCAGUAUGAAGGAAGUUAGAGGUAGUUUCACGAGCCAAUGCUAAUCAGCCUUAGCACAAUAACAUUCAAACAGCACGCAGAGACAUAAAAAUGGUAUCCACGAGUUCAUCUGCCUCUGGGGAAGUAGUUAAAUGGCCUCAUUGCCAAAAUCCCAAAGUAUCCCUUAAUAAUUUACGUGCUUGAUUGAGUUUGCCUGACUUGGACCGAUUAGAAUAGUCCCAAAAUGGCAAACCACACCCAUUUAGCACUUCAGGCAGGCUAGAGUAAGCGCUUAAAGGUGCACUAUGCAGAAAUCGCUCCACCAUUUCCUGGUUCCUAAAAUUCUAAUAGUUAGCCUAAUUUCAGUUUAUGUGACAAAACAAGCAAGUAUAGUGUAGAGAAUAAUUGUACCAUCUAAACCGUUGUGAAAUAUUGUAUUUUCAGCUGUUUGAACCUAGUGUACAAAACUGAAAGUAAAAGACGCAAAAACGAAACUUAAGAAUGGGAAGCAUAGAAAUAGCACACAAAGAACAGAUCUACUGCUUCUUAGACUUGCUUUCAAUGAGAAUUACAGAUCUAUAACUCAUAUUUCUAUUGGAAUUUAGUCAGGUCGCCCAAAAAGUGACAUAUAGGUCAGACCUGGCUUCAAAUGCUAAGGUCAGUUUUGUGUUCUUAGCUGAUCUUUGAUGUGUGCCUCAGGGCAUCUUCGGCCCAGAACUCACGCUUUGAGUGAAAUGUAUGAAAAGCACUUUAUAGGUAAAGUUAUUAAAUGUCUAUCAUUCAGUCUCUCACGCGGCAUGAUCCAGACAUCUGUUUGUCAAUCUGCCUGUUUGCCCAUACUAUUAUAUUUUUCUAUUCAUCCAUCCAUCCACCCAUACACUAAUUCUAUCCAUCUGUAUGUUCAUCUGUUCUACCAGAGCUAAGUUUCUGUCAACAAUCUGCUUUCAGGAAGUGGAGACCAAGUAUAAUGAACUGCGCCAAAGGCUGACUGAAACAACUGCUGACACAGAGGAGAACAAAGGUACUGUGAAUUCUUGAUACUGCAUCCCAUAUGAUACCCUAUACCCUAUAUAGUGGACUACUUUUGACCAGGGCCCAUAGAGCUCUCAAAAGUAGUGUAAUUUAUGGGAAAGAGGGUGUCAUUUGGGACGCACCCUGAUACUUUACUGAUCAUGAACAGAUACAACAGUAGUUCGCAUGCACAGCAUGCUUGAAAGGGCUUUAGAGUACAUGAGCGUACAGUGAGGGAAAAAAGUAUUUGAUCCCCUGCUGAUUUUGUACGUUUACCCACUGACAAAGACAUGAUCAGUCUAUAAUUUUAAUGGUAGGUUUAUUUGAACAGUGAGAGACAGAAUAACAACAAAAACAUCCAGAAAAACGCAUGUAAAAAAUGUUAUAAAUUGAUUUGCAUUUUAAUGAGGGAAAUAAGUAUUUGACCCCUCUGCAAAACAUGACUUAGUACUUGGUGGCAAAACCCUUGUUGGCAAUCACAGAGGUCAGACGUUUCUUGUAGUUGGCCACCAGGUUUGCACACAUCUCAGGAGGGAUUUUGUCCCACUCCUCUUUGCAGAUCUUCUCCAAGUCAUUAAGGUUUCGAGCCUGACGUUUGGCAACUCGAACCUUCAGCUCCCUCCACUGAUUUUCUAUGGGAUUAAGGUCUGGAGACUGGCUAAGCCACUCCAGGACCUUAAUGUGCUCAUUCUGGAGCCACUCCUUUGUUGCCUUGGCCGUGUGUUUUGGGUCAUUGUCAUGCUGGAAUACCCAUCCACGACCCAUUUUCAAUGCCCUGGCUGAGGGAAGGAGGUUCUCACCCAAGAUUUGACGGUACAUGGCCCCGUCCAUCGUUCCUUUGAUGCUGUGAAGUUGUCCUGUCCCCUUAGCAGAAAAACACCCCCAAACCAUAAUGUUUCCACCUCCAUGUUUGACGGUGGGGAUGGUGUUCUUGGGGUCAUAGGCAGCAUUCCUCCUCCUCCAAACACGGCGAGUUGAGUUGAUGCCAAAGAGCUCGAUUUUGGUCUCAUCUGACCACAACACUUUCACCCAGUUCUCCUCUGAAUCAUUCAGAUGUUCAUUGGCAAACUUCAGACGGGCCUGUAUAUGUGCUUUCUUGAGCAGGGGGACCUUGCGGGCGCUGCAGGAUUUCAGUCCUUCACGGCGUAGUGUGUUACCAAUUGUUUUCUUGGUGACUAUGGUCCCAGCUGCCUUGAGAUCAUUGACAAGAUCCUCCCGUGUAGUUCUGGGCUGAUUCCUCACCGUUCUCAUGAUCAUUGCAACUCCACGAGGUGAGAUCUUGCAUGGAGCCCCAGGUCGAGGAAGAUUGACAGUUUCAUUUGUGUUUUUUCCAUUUGCGAAUAAUCGCACAAACUGUUGUCACCUUCUCACCAAGCUGCUUGGCAAUGGUCUUGUAGCCCAUUCCAGCCUUGUGUAGGUCUACAAUCUUGUCCCUGACAUCCUUGGAGAGCUCUUUGGUCUUGGCCAUGGUGGAGAGUUUGGAAUCUGAUUGAUUGAUUGCUUCUGUGGACAGGUGUCUUUUAUACAGGUAACAAACUGAGAUUAGGAGCACUCCCUUUAAGAGUGUGCUCCUAAUCUCAGCUCGUUACCUGUAUAAAAGACACCUGGGAGCCAGAAAUCUUUCUGAUUGAGAGGGGGUCAAAUACUUAUUUCCCUCAUUAAAAUGCAAAUCAAUUGAUAACAUUUUUGACAUUCGUUUUUCUGGAUAUUUUUGUUGUUAUUCUGUCUCUCACUGUUCAAAUAAACCUACCAUUAAAAUUAUAGACUGAUCAUUUCUUUGUCAGUGGGCAAACGUACAAAAUCAGCAGGGGAUCAAAUACUUUUUUCCCUCACUGUAGAUAUAUCUUGUGCUCCACCGAUACAUAGUUAUUUCUGCAAGCAUUGAAGUUUGAGUAAACCGUACACACGGGACAACAAACAGAAUACGUAUCACAACUUCAAACCAGAUUUGUUGUUAGUUAUCAUAAGUAUACGUUUUGUGGUCAGAUAUCAAAGGGCAAAAUCGAAAUAGGUGUUCAUUAUUUCUCUCUUUGUUGUCUCUCUCGCACUCCAGAUAAGAGUUAGUGAUGACAGAGCCCCUUUCCCUCCACCACAAGAGGACAAAGGAGUGACACGGCGGGGGACACCUGGUCACCUCUUCCUUCCUCUGGAGGCCCACCACCUCAGCCCCCCACCCCUCUCAUACUGCUGUGGCCCACAGUGGAGACUGGAA